ACCACGUCCCCGGCACAGCGGUAGGUAUUGCAGCUGCUGAUGCGAUACGUUUAAGAUCGCCGACAACAAAAAAAAAGACCGUCAUCGCUCUACUUCUAUCUAAUACACACGCGUGUACACAUUCGUCUUCGUACAGCACCCGAGAAUUUCCUAUCGUUAUUUUUAUCAAUCAUUUUUAUUAUUAAUAUUUGUUACUAUUAUACUCGGCAAUCGUCGUCCGUCGUCUAGGUCCUGCAGCAUAAUAUAGUAUUUACUUACCGUCGUCAUCGUCGUUGUCCGACCGGAAACAUCGACGGCCUCACAAAAAUCAACGAAACAGUGAGUACCUAUAGUUAUGUGAUUUUUAUAUUACAAUUAAAAACGUAUAGCGUUAAUCAUAUUAUAUCAUUAUAAGCUUUACGAUAUUACGUUAUAAUAUAGGUAAACCUAUAUAAGAUUGUUUUUUCGUUUCGGUCAACUCCAAGUAACAAUUAAUUAUACAUAGACAUGAGAAGUUGGGGAGAGGCUUGAAAGAGUUUAGCUCUUCUCGAACCAUUUCAAGCCCUACCCAUAAUAUUUGAAUUGAUUUAAUCCUAAUGUGUUAGUUCUAAAACCUAUCGGGUUUCAAGCCCUAUGUAUUUACAAACUGCAAUUGGGCAUAAUUUUACACGAGAACACAAAUUAUAAUUAUAAAAAAAUAAAUAGUUCAUACUUUAAUAAAGUACGAAGAGAUAUAAAUAAUUUUAUCGGUUUUCAAUCUUGUGUAUAUUCGUGAUUACGAAAAUGUAUGAUACAGCGUUAUAUACAUUUUUGCCAAUAUUCGGCAACUUCUAUGGUACCCACUGUUGCAGUCAUAAUGUUGUCUACAAUGUACACGAAUUUGAGUAGAUAGGGAAGUUCAGUUAGGUGAGGCAUAGUCUAUAUUAUAUACUUGUCCACACUUGGUUUUUUUUUUUUUAGAAACGUCAGGCGUAAGCCGUGGCCAACCUAAUCCCGUUCUUAAUUUUUUUAUUGUUCUCCAAACAAGUCGUUCUAAAUUAAGGUGUAUAUAUAUGCAUGUGGAUAGAUAGGAAUAUGAUAAUUUUUCAAAAAUCACGUGGCCGACAAAAAUAUUAUCAAAACAUUUGAAUUUGUUGUUUAUAUUGAAUGAUGUUUAAUAUGCAAAGUGAAUUAAAAACAACAAAAAAAAAAAAAAAUUAAAAAAACAAGUAUUUUUUUUUUUUUUUUGAUUUUGAAAUACACCACUUAAAAUAUAUUAUAGUGCGUAAAAAUAUAUGUAGAGUAUACAUCCAAUUUCAAAUAUAAUAUACAAGUACAUAUGUAUUAUAUUGUAUUACGUAUACUCGUAUACCUCCUAAACAUUUUAACCGAAAAACCAUUUGAUCCGCAUGCGAUGAAAUCUCGUUCAGUGUUUUAUUUAUUGAUCACUUGAUCGUAUUGUCGACCGCAUAUGAUUUUCUACAUCCGCUUCCAUUUAAUAUCAGUAGCGCAUUUAGAGAGGAAGGUGAAAGGUGUAAUUUCCACGAACAGCAAAAUGUUAAAAAUGAUCAAAUGUAAAUGAUCGUAGACGAUGACUUUUAGAGGUAAGAGAAAGCAAGGUUUGAAUAGGUAAAUAAAAUGUUUAAGCACGGGCGUACCCGUGUAAAUGGGGGAGCGACGAAAAUUGUGUUUUAUCCGGGCCGUAUAAAUCCUAGAUGAGCCAUUUAUAUCUAUAUAGACACACUCUGUAUAGCGUAUAAAUAUGUAUACAUAUAUAUAUACCGUUAGGUGUAUUAUUUUAUAAUAGUGUGCUAUGCUGCGAUGCCUAUGUAUAAUUGGUAAACUGGUAACAAUAAUAAUACUAAUAUUAAACCGUCCGUGUUCAUUAAUUAUUAUUACUAUAAUCGAUGCCUCUAAACAUAAUUGGGAUGUCAUCGCCACCGUAGCCGAUAAUGUUUGGUACCUUCCCAUACCUAUAUAACGGUUUAACGAGAUUUUCGAAAUAUCUGCAACCGACUGUACCAACAUACCUAUAUAUAUUUAUAUAUAUAUAUAUUUAUACACACACAUAAUAUUAUAUAUUAUUAUCUACACGACUUUCCCGCACAAUAUGCAAAUGGAAUUCAAGUUUCGUAAUGUUUACUCCUUCUUCCCCCCUUACCACCCCCAAUUCGUUUUAAACCCCACGACGUGGUUAUAAUAUUGUAUCUUGUCUUUCGAGUAUACACUCGUAUACCUAUAUGUAGUGUUAGACAUUGUGUAAUUAAACACCUUAACGAACAUUUACCGCAUCGUGAUGAAUACCGAAUUUACUUGAUGAUAAUAAUAUAUAAUAAUAUUAUAAUUUCGUAAUACAUAUUAUGAGGUUUGAUACGUACCUACCAUUCAAUGCCCUACUAUAUAAAGUUUGACACCGUAUAUUUAUACACAUAUAUGUAUUAGAUUAUUAAAUUAUUACUGAUAAAAUAAACUGUACAUACAAAUAUGUUACAAUACCUAAUGUUUUAAUUUCUCGCCGAUUUAUAAUUUAUUAUAAUAUAUGAUGAUAAUAUUAUGUUACCCUGAAAUUCGUCAACCGGUAGCGUAUUUAGGAUUUUGCGAACGAGGAUGAAGAUAUCAAAUUUGGUAAUUGCAGUGUCAUAUUAUAUAAACGUGUACUGUAACUAUAUAUUAAACAAAAAAAAAAUACAUUUCUUAUCAUUAUAAUCAUAUAAAACUUAAUUUUUGGGUAUUUAGUUUUAGGUACUGAUGUAAUAGCUCUAACCUUCUUUAUAUUAUUAUAGUAAUUCAGAUGGUUAAGUUUUAAACUAGAAAAUGUACAAGUUCAGAUUUAUUUUGAUAAAUUAGCUGUUAGAAAUAGGUGGCAACAUAUUUUUGAUUUUUCUGACUAAAAAGUAAAGAAAUUUGAAUUCAACAAAAAUAAGUGUAGUCACAUAAAUCAUACGAGUAGAUAGUUACUUAACAACGAUUAAAGGGGAAAUAAAUUUUCUUUAAUCUCUCUCCUUAAGAAAGCCGCUGAUCCCAACAAUAUUAAAAAAUGGGUUUAAUGAAUAUUGGUUUUUAUCACGACGACUGACAAUAAGGUAUCUGUAAUAAAUGCAUAACACACAGUUCACACUAAUUGUUUUAUUAUUAUUAAAAGUGAAUUUCUACGGAGGUAAAAUGUACUAUAAAAAAAUGAACUAUUUUAUGUAUUCCAUAACAUCAAUGAUUCUAAACGAAGAGAGUAUUAAUAUGUAUUGGUUUUACUAUAUCAUGUGUUUUUUUCUUUCCUUUUUAUGUUUGUGAACAUCUUUUUGACCAGAAAUUCGAUCUUUUCGACCUUACUUCAAUCAUCGACAGUAGUGGUAUUUUAUGAUAACAAAUUAUUAUAUUUAUUUGAUGUAUUGCAUAAAGAGGACAUUUUUCGAUUUAUUUCCUCGAAGUUUUAUUAAUACCGGAGAUAACCUUGUGAAUUCCCAAAUUAUUUUGAGAAAAUCAUAAAUGCUUCGGGCAUUCGAAAAUCAGCUCGGUGAAUUGACAACAAAUUUUGAACAUGGUAUAUAAUAAAAUGUAUUAUCAAUAUCAUUACUGAUAUCAGGUCAUAUUAUAUUCGUUGUUCGCUUUCUUAAUCGUAAUAUACCGCGUAUAGCUAUCUAAAUUUCCGGAGAAACUAUUUUAUAUACACGUAUGUAUAUUCGCGGUUAGUCAGGAUUUCGCAUCCGUUAUGAUGUUUACUGCCGUUUUUAGUGCCGCCGUCGUGGCUGUGUAGGAUAUACAUUUUCUGCGCGUGAAUUACCAAAACUCGUCCAACACACACUUGAAUAAUAUUCUAUAUACUACAGUAUUAAUGUAAAUUUAUUAAAUUUCGAAAUAUUUCGUAUAACGUUUUUUAAUGACAUUACCCAAAGUCGAGUUUUCAAUGAAAAACUAAUUAAACUGUACAGUAAUUUAUACACUGCAAAUUCAAUAAAAGGUUAUUAUUACCUCGGUUGUUAUCAUCGUAAAAUCUAAAGAGAAUUUUUCAUUUUCUUCGCACAAAACAGCAUCUGUAUAAUAUGUAUGACUUUAAAUGUAACAAGUGAAAUAAUAAAGUUUCUUCCUUUUCAUAUCGUAUUAAUUAAUAGUGAAAAGUAAUUUAAAAUACCUAUUCAAAACGUCAAUUAAAAAAAUUUCAAUUUAAACGUUCACUACGAAAAUUAUAUUUCUUUUCGUUUCUCUUCAAUUUUUCACGCCAUCGAACUGGGAAAUUCGAAAAAUGGCCAAUACUUUAAAGUAUACCAUCUGUGUUCAAUUACCUACCUAUACACAUAAAGUGCUGCAUGAAACUUUUUGAGUAUGUUUACUGUCCCGGAAAGACUUUUUCUGAAUAGGAAAAACACAUAGUUCCAAAACUAUAAAAGCAACCUCACUAUAUAAAUGUACAUUCAGAAUCUAAUAAGCAUAAGAAAUAACACCUUUUAUACUGUUGUAUUAUUAUAAGUAUAAUAUUGUUAGGCAAUUUUUUUUUUUAUGUUUUAGAUAAAAUAGUAAAUUAUCUCUUUGUAAUGUAUUAUAAAUUAUUAUAGUAUUAUGUUUAAUUAAAAAAGUUGAAAUAAUAUUUGAACUCUCUCUAUAAUAAUAAUAAUUAUGCAGCUGAUACCUUUACGUAUAGACAUAACGUAACAUAACAAACUUAUACAUUUUUCAUACAAUCGGAAGAGGCGAGAAAGUUGUCGACGGGACUUGAUGGAUGUAAGAAUACGCAAGAAGAUGGCCUUUCAUCAUAAAUAAUGAGAAAUUACUGUUCUUGGAUUUUAUCUAUCAAAUCGCACAACAAAUAUUAUAUUUAAUUUACUUUCGAGGUAUCUGUAGUUUAUUUUAAGACAAUUAUUUCGCUUCACUAACAAUGAAUCUGCGUAUAGAUUAUAGGUAAUAGGAAAACUAUACUAAAUAUUUUAUUAGAUCCAGCCUACAUAGCUUAAUAAUUCAAUAUAGGCUUUACGCCGUACGAUUAUUUAAAAAUAUUAUCAUUGUUUGAUUCUUUAUUAUUUUCGUAUUUUUUUUAAUUUACUCCUAUUAUACCUAUUGUUUGUUAUAAAACAGUAUACAAUAUUAAUAUGAAUUAAUGAAAACCUAUACCUAAAUAACAUUGUGAUUAAAAAAAAAAUGUUCGAUACAUUAUGUUAAACAAUUUUUAUUUUACAAUGUAUCUACAGAAAUUCAAUAACUUUUAUAACAUAUAAGUUUUACCGGUUUAUAAACCGUUAUAAUUCGAACUAAAUAAUGAAAAUUCAUAAAAAUAAUAAAAACAUUUCUUUUAUACUUUAUAUUAUAAAAUGUAUAAAUAUCAUAAAGACGUCAACAAAUUUCAAGUUAUACAUUAACAGUAAGGGAAAAACGAGAUUAAUAUGGGACAGACUUGAAAAAACGGGACAACAUACGUCCCGUCUAACUUUUGUCGGGACAAUUCCGUAUAGUCACUCUAACGUAUGUCUACAGUUGUUAAAAUGAUCAGAAAAUAUAUUUUUCGGGCGAUUAAUAAUAAAAAAAACUAAAAACUGACGCUAUUUACAAUAUGUUUAAUACACAAGCGAAAACCAAAUGAUCUGCGAAAAUCAAACAGUUAGUUAAAAUCUUACAAAUUCAUCAGCAAGGAUAAGCUCAGUGAGACUGACUAAACAUUAGUAUAUCAUAUACUCGUUUAAAGUGUAUACUGUUCAAAAGUUCAUAUCUAUAUACAUUAUACAUAUUGUAUACGCAAUGUUCAUUAAAUUAUAAUCUACGAGUAUUGUGACCUUUUUAAAAACAUUGAUAAGUUUCGCAUAAAAUUUACCUGAAUUUAUUUAAGUCACUUUAGAUCGUUUAUUGUGACUUUCUGGAACUUUCUGGUCUGCCUACAAGAAGAUUAUCAUGAUUUUAUUUCAUUGGUCUUAUAAUUAUUGAUAUUUUGAUCAUUGUACGUUCCAUUUUGAAAUCAUAAUAAAAAUAACUGAAUUUAAAUUAUAUUCAUUACAAUACCUAUAUUAACCGUAAAAUAAUUAUGUAGGUAUUUAUAAAUUUAAUAAAAUAUUAAGAAAUAAAUAAAUAAUACAAGUAGAUACUUUCAAAACUUUGAUUGAAAUUAUCCUUUUCAUGCAACGGGUAGCUAAAGGAUCAUUUUCUAAAAUUACUUCCGGAGAAAGGAUAAACUCGAGACUCUUGUGUUCGUAUUUUUUUUCCACUUCUUUAAUGUUACCAAACACUAAAGUUUUCAAUUUAAACGAGACCUUUCACAACCUUAACUACUGUUGAUAUGAAGUAUUUUGAUGAUGGGGCACAGCAUCGUUUAAUGUUCAUAAAACAAGAAAAUUUAAACAUUCCAUGCUUAAAGUCUCGACCAUAUACUCUGUGUACCCAUACUCUGUACUCUACGCCAUAUAAUAUUAUUUUACAUAUUAUAGAGGAUAUUUUAGAUUCUGAGUGGAGUGAAGGAACUUUUGGUUUUACAAAGAUGUUUAUUUUUUUUUCUCUGCGCAAAUUUUUUACCAAAAAACUGGCUCGGAUUUUUAAGUGUAGCAUCUUUUCUGAAAAAAAUCUAUGUGAUGAGGUACUUUAAAGAAUAAAUUUUUCGAUUUUCUCAGGAGUUUUCUCAUCAAAUUUGAAAAACUGAAAAAAAGACCGGAAAAAUGUACGAAAUAUAUUACUAAACUAUUACGAUUUUUUCCCUGUGCGCAACUUUUCAACCAGCAAUUUUGCUCCAACCUAUAAUGAUAACAAUAUUUCUAAAAGAAAAUUUUAUAAGGGAGGUACUUUAGGAAGAUCAUUUUUCAAUUUUCCAAGAGUUUACUAGCAAAUGUGAAAAACCGGGAUAAAACGUGGGAAAACUGGAACAAUCGGUACAACAUUAAACAAAUAUUAUUUAAGAAAAUACAAAAGCCUAUUUAAUUAUUUUACUGUAAUAUAACAUGCAUACUGUUGAAAAAGCAUCAAUAUUAACUGAACUCCGCUCAGAAUCAUUUUUUCGUAAGCAAUGGUUUAUCGUUGAUUACAGGUAUACAUUUAAUUACCUAUAAUAGUGACUGCAUCUGUUCCCAUUAUCUUAGGACUUUUUUUUUUUUUAGCCAACUCCAACUAUUAUAUUAUAAACAAAAACCUUUUUCAUUUAUAUAUUAUUUCAUGUAUUAAUAAUAUUUAAGUGUAAGUGUUUUCACAUUACGGUGCCUAUAUGAUAUCCGUUUCAUCUAACGCUGUCAAUUAUAAAUAUUCCGCCAAUUAAAUCGUUCUAAAAUAAUAUUACUCGGCCAUUAUAUAAACGAUAUAGUGCUAAAACUAAUACAGACUAAGUAAUGCGGAAUACGUAUUAACUGUCAGCGGGAUUGUGUUAAUAAAUCCUCGUCCCCCCCACUCGUUAUCGUUUAAUAUGCAGAUUGAGAAAUAGUGGGCCCCUAAUACUCGUUAUUAUUAUACAACUCAUCAUGACAAAAUACGUCGGUACAUAAAUUGGGUUACGGAAUUUCGAUACGGCCGGUUAAAUCGUUUACCUAUACUCGAUGAUUAUUUUAGUUAUAGGUAUACCUACUUAUAUUAGGAUAGUAAACAAGAUAAUACUAAAUUUACCAUCGUAUACUCCUAAAUCGUAAAUUCAAACCUAACCUAACCUAACCAUUAUAAACCCGACUUACAUAUUAUAAAAAAAUACAAAUAUUGACUGGUAAAAAACGACAUAAUGCAUACUAUAGGAUAACCGACCAUAAUUAGAACUUUGUAUCACACAAGCGCUAGUGUUCCUAUGAUUAUUUUAUAGUGAGAUAUUUCAUUUUUAGUUAUCAGGACUAGCAACAUUUAUAACAAAAAUUGUAUAAAAGUAGGGGGGAUAAUUGCCUUUUUAAGGUAUAAGCGACACUAAUGAAAAUUGUAUUCGCUAAGCGAUAAACACGUGGCACUUAGUCCCUACCAUAAUGCGCUUAUCAUUUUUUAAAAUAUUUUGUGAUAGGAAAUAAAGUUGUUAUCGACAAAAUCUGUGAAACUUAAUGUCUUGUUUCAUUUAUGUUUUUAUUUGUUUUUUCGAGGUGAGCUGGUAACUAAAGCAAGUUAAACAUAUUAUAUUUUAUUAUCAUUAGUGUUACUGUACUGAUUUAUGCCUGCACAUCUGUCCUAAAUUAAAACGAUAUAUCCUUGAUCAAUGGAUUAUGAUAUUGAUAAUUUGAAAAACUUGUUAUUACAUAAUAUUAUAGUUUUACUUCUAUCAGUAUAUUAUUGUUUGGGAAUAAAAAUUAUCAUAUUUCAGAAUAAUUAAUUAAUAUGUGAUUUUUCAUCAAGACAUCCCAUAAUUAUCCCACAGAAUUCGUAAGUUGUGAUUUAUUCCACGUUUGAGAUUUAUCGUAUAUUAUGUGUUUACACGUACAUUUUCAGUAGGUACCUAAUACGAUUAAGAUCAUCUAAAUAUUAUAAAUAUUAUAAUAUUAUUAUGAGGCGUGCACCAUUCGGGGGAGAAAACAAUAUAAUAUACGGUAUAUUAUUAUAUUGUAAGUUAUACAUCUAUACAGUAUGUCCCGUCAUAUAUUAAUAUAUGCGCCACUAAAUAUUUCAACCUGAUGACCUUAGAUUGAAAUGUGGUUUUCAAUCAUAGACAAAGGGUAGGUACUGAAAUAUACAUUUCAGGAAAGUUGCAAAUUGUUAACCCUAGCGUAAUACUACUUGAGUUUUUUUUUUAAAGUAACGCCUAUUUUUGUAUUUUUGUAGUUAAACUUAGAUUAAUUCAAUAUCUCAAGUUUUUUAUAAUUAUAUAUUGAUCAGAGUCCUAAACCCAACAUUGACCGAGUUACAAUUCUUUCAUAAAUAAAAAUAAUGCAGGUUAUUUUAUUCGUAUUAUGUAGCCAGUGUGUUGAAAACGGGACAAAAUUUGUUUUGAAAAAAUUGAAAAAUCGAAUUAUUUCCGAAUUUUAGAUAGGUAACUUUAAUUCAGUCGCUUUCAGGUUUAGUACAAUAAUCAAUAUGAUUUUAACCAAUUAACCACAUUAGGUUAAUUUUUUGAGAGAUAGUUGAUAGAGGUGAUUUAAGAUAUUUUAUUUGGUAGUUCAAGUAGUAUAAAGUAAUAAAGUAAUAAUCCCACGUCACAAGUAAAAUACACCUCUUAAAAAAAAAAAAUACACCCACGCGUAUCAAAUUUUUGGUGGUUCGCUGAACCUUCAAAUCUAUGUUCGAUAAACCAUUGCUAACGAAAAACGAUUCUGAGCGCAGUCCAGUUGAUAGUAAUGCUUUGUCAACAAUAUUUAUGUCAUAUUAUAGUCAAAUAAUUAAAUAGGCAUUAAUAUUUUCUUUAAUUAUAAUUAAAUAAUAUUGUAUCGAUUUUGCGGUUUUACUUGGUUUUCACAUGUUCUUUCCAAGUUUUUUCCAUUUGCUAGGAAAACUUUUGGUAAAAUCGAAAAAUAACUUCCUAAAAGUACCUCCCCAGUACAGAUUUUUUUUUAGAAAAUGUACUAUCAUUGUAAAUCGAAAAGAAAUUGCUGGUAGAAAAUUGUUUGUGCACAACAAUCAAGGGGUAUUCUGUGAUUAAAAUAGUCUGAGCGAAUGAGACCUUAGGUCUCUAGGUACACCCAAAAUGCAUUUUUUUUCCUUGUUUAAGUAAAAGACAAAAACAAUGCAAACACCUUUUUUUUGAAAUACUAGUCGGAACCCCUAGAAUUAUAAUAGGCAUAAAUAACUAUUAGAUCACGAUAAAUAUGUUCGAAGAGGUAUAAUAUAGAGUUAACAUAACAUAUAAUAUCAGAACUUCAGAAAGCUAUAAUUUCGAUACUUAGUCAGUCCACUUAAUUCUGACUUUUCCAUCGUUUUUAAAUCAGUAAUAUACAUAUGUUAAAAAAAAAAUUGAUAAUUUAAAUUUCUUUCGCAUAAUGUUUCAUUCAAAAUCUGAUAUUGAAUUUCCCUAAUAAAAAAAAAAAUAAAUACUACAUUAAAUUAAAUUAAAUAUUUUUUUUGAUUACAAAGAAAAACUCUUAGUGAACUCUGGUUUAAUUUUCAAGCAUUUCUGACCAAGUCUAACAAUUUUACCUAGCGAUACAAUAUUAUAUAAAUAUAAUUAAAGAAAAUAUUAAUCCCUAUUUAAUUAUUUGACUAUAAUAUGACAUAAAUAUUGUUCACAAAGCAUCACUAUCAAUUGAACUGUGCUCAGAAUCGUUAUUUCUUUAGCAAUGGUUUUUCGUUGCUUGCAGAUAUAUAUUAAAUUACCCAUAACAGUGGCUGCACCCGUCUCCGUUAUCCUAAGACGUCUUUUUUUUUGUACGACCCUUAUUUUUGUCACCAGAUAGGUAUAGAUAUUAAGCAAAGGUGGCUUGAACAUAGAGUUGAAGGUUCAGCGAACUACCAAAAAUUUGGUACGAGUGAGUGUAUUGUUUUUUUUUUAAGAGGUGUAUUAUUUUCGUACAUUUCCCGUUUUUCUUACGUUUUAUCCUGGUUUUUCCCGGAUAUAAUGAAAUUUUCUUAAAAAAUAAAAAAAUGACCUUCUAAAAGUACCAUCUGGACAACAUUCCCUUUCAGAAAUGGUGCCGCGCGUAUAUAUCUGAGCAAGAUUUCUAGUAGAAUUUUUGUACACGGGAUAAAAUAAAUUUAAAAAAAAAUAAACAUCCAAUACAUGUUUCGCUACACUUAAAAUAUUAAACAAGUAUUAUUGUGCAGUGAAAUUUUAAAUUUUCUUAUAACGUGUUUGUUCUAUACAGCUUAUAACUAUAUAUCAUAGAGAACCACAUUUCAUUCUAAGGACAUCAAGCCAAGAUAUACUCAGAGCGGUGCAUAUAAAAAUCGAGACGGGUCGGGUAGCAAUAACAAUAAUACAAAUAAAUAAUUGUUACAUUGUGUCUAUAAUGAUAAUUACUAUUGUUUUUUUUUUUGAAAACGUAUAACCGACCAUAAUAUUUUCGAAUUGGCACUAUCGUGGAUAAAAUAUAGUAGUAUAUAAAAACGAGAACGGAUAUAUAAAACACAUCGAAAACACAUCAGAUAUGUCUUACAGUAAUUAGUAUUUUCGGGGCCGAAUGCCAAAAUAUCGGGCGUCAGAACCACUUAGAAAUAGCGUGUUUAUAUAUAAAUGUAUAAUAGUGCCGGCGACUUGGCGCAGAAUUCCGGGCAAUAAACACGAACUUCGAUCGCGGUACACGGAUAUGACCGGAUCGCGGGUGUUGAUGGUCGAAGACGUCGAAACUUGUAUUAUUCCCGUCUAUAAUUUUCUUUUCUAUUUCUUCCCCCGUUUCUUUUUCGUUCCGUUAACGACCUCGCUCUUCUCCUCUAUCCUCUUAUCGCGAGAUCACAAUAUUAUCAUUAUUGUUAUUACUGUCGCGUUUUUCGUGAGAUUAAGACGUCGUAUACGAUUACUAUAAUAGUACGAGCGUGUUGUAAAAAUCGUCCGUAUGUACGAGAGCGCGUACCUCUUUUCAUUUCGUCGGGUUUGUUUUUCUUUUUACGUGGCCUUAAGACGACCGACGACGACGUGACGGCAGCGGAAACAAUUCGGUUUUCGUGUAUAAGUGUACUAUCUAAUAUUAUAUAUAUAUAAUAUGUAGGUGCAGGUAUGUAUAGUAAGAUUUAAUAUAGUAAACCUCUGAGUAAACCAAGUCUCGUAUACGAUAUAUUAUAUACUGGAUAGAGGGGAAAAGAAAACUAAUAAAAUACACACACCCGCGCAGUAUAUUCUAUAUAAUAUAAUAUUAUAUUGGGAUUUCUAAAAGAUCAAACCGCCGCCGCCACCGCCGCCACUGCGACGGGGACGGAAGGCCGUCGAAAAGUUAUUCACGGGGGAAUAAACGGCGAUACCGCACAACGGCCGGCGACAAGAAUGGAUUUCUGACAAUGGAGCGUAUAGAAAUAUAUAUAUAUAUAUAUAUAUAUGUAUACCUGUAUACUAAACUUGCCAACACCUAUACAAUAAUACAAAUACAAUGUACUCCCACACACGUGUAAAAACGUCCGUCGUACGGGGGUGUGGGGAGCCGCAAAAAAAAAAAAAAAAACAACGGUUAAUAUUCUAGAAUUUAUCAAAGUCGCCCGACAUCGGGUCCGAACGUUCCGAUAUAUUGUCGCCCGUCAACGAGACACGUGAGAAACGCGAAAUAAAUCGCGCGUGUUACUGCAAAACGCCCUGUACACGCAGUGGUCCCCGGCCCGUUUCGCCCCUCCCGAUGACGACACUAUUAUAAUAUUAUUAUCCUUAUCUAAUUAAUCGAAAUUCUAUAUAAAUGGCAAUACGGUUUAAUACGGCAACAUUAUGAAUUAUACAAAUUCAAUACGAAUCGGUAAAACCGUCACAUGAUGAGAUAAUUAUAAUAGUCAAGUAGAUGACGGUGCCGAGUUAAGUGUGCUGAUAGAAGCCGAUGAAGAAGAAAGCCACAGAGAAAAUGUCUAGCGGUUAUUAUACAGAGCAGUAGAACAGGGAAGGGUUGGUUACUUCAAAAUGAGUACCAUCUAAAUACUCGGUUUAUAUAUUAUUUUAAUUUUCAGGUAAAAGAUAGACGGACGGUAGUAAAUUCCACCGAUUUUUAGGUUAUCGGUUUUUGGAUUAGAUUUGUUACGUGUAAAUUUCACCGGUAUGUUUAAUUUUUAACUGAGAAAAUAUCUAUACAUAAUUAGUCAGAAAACAUGGCAAAGAUAGAUACUGACGUAACAAGUAUAUUAUAAUACAAGAUAUUUAUUAUAGUACCCGAUUUUAUAUUUUAUGUGUUUAAAUAAUAGGUACUCUGUACGUGACAUAUUAAAAACUAUAUUUUUCACACAUACUGCAUCUUAAAAACCGUGAUCGAUAAAUUUAUUUAAAAACCUUUUCGAAAUUCUUAACAAUUCCUCCCACUUUUAUACAAUUAUUUUCAAUUUUUAAUGAAUUUUUCAAAAAUCUAGAGGUAAAAAAUGACCGAGCUGGCACCCCCUUUGAGUUCUUAUGAUCAAAAUACUUGAAAAUGAGCAUUUAUAUACCUGAUACUUUCAUCGAUUUCAGUAUCAACAAUAAGAGAUAGUAGAUACGUUCUAGAACUUUAUCGCGAUACAAUGCGAUUGUAUCUAAGAUACCGCCCGAAUCUGGCAGUAGACAAAUAAAUGGUGAUGUACACAAAGGAGAUAUGCACGGCGGUGAGAGAAUAUAAUAUAGCUGACCCCGAACUUGAAGCGUGGGGCAAUGGCCAGAAGAAGAGGAGAAAAAAUUGCUCGAAUAAUUUUGUCGGCAACACACGCAAAAUAACAUCGUGAACCACGGCAGUGCAGUGCAGUACGUGAUCGUACAAGGAUUUUUUUUCGUACACGUCGUUUUACCGUCCGAUCGCUAAUUGCAUCUCUUAAGGACGUUUUUAUUCCACCCCCAGUCAACAGACGUAUAAUAUUAUCUGAAUCGGAUUAUUCGGUCUGACCGCUACGCCGCGCACUGAUCAACUCGGAUACAAAUGUAUGCAUUUAACGUUUAUAAUAUUAUUACUAUACGAUUUACUGUGUGUGUGUGAUAUAUGUGUAAGUAGUGCUUAUAUAAAUUAUACACCACGUGGUAUACGCAGUGUUUAUAUAUAUAUAUUGUUACCUGCAAUUUGUCGUAAUACAAAACGCUUCGCUUGUACAUUUACCGAGCUAUCGAUCGAGUCUGUUUUCCUCGUUAUAAGGCACUUUUUUUUUUUUCGUGAAAAAUGGACGUACAAAUCCAGACCUAAAAUUAUCUUGAAAUUUCGCAUCGUUUUUAAAAUAUAAAAACGCUUACGCAGAUGCCCAAGGGUCAUAAGUACGAUAUUAAUUGGUUUGUUACUUAUAUAGUAUAAUAAUAAUUAUAUAACAUAAUAUCAUAUAGAGUCCACCGAUUAAUGCGGAUUGACGCGUUUAAUACGGAAAAGUAGUAAACGUUCUAAAAGAGCACAAAUUGUUAUUUUUAAAAGCCCAUAAUUCGAUAACUAAUUUUGUUUUAUAAAUUUAAUUGAAAAUAUAUUUUAACAGACAAUAUUACUGUUGGUUAGUAAAAAUUAUUUUGUAAAACUAACUUUUUAUAAACAUAUUUUCAAUGUACCUACAUAAUAUUGUAAACAAAUACCAAAAAUAAAAAUAAUAACGUGACUUUCAUAUUGCAUAUUUUUGAAAACAACACUAAAUUAUAACAAAAAAAAAAAAUCUUUCCCAAAAUCCUUAAACUAAAUCACGUAACCGUACGGAAUAUGAACUUUUUCACCCUUGGGAAUUCUCUUACCAAUAAAAUAAACAAUAAUCUGAAAAUACACUUGUGACACAUGGUGGAAUGGUUCACACAUAACGACUGAAUACAAGUCUUACAAGGAAUUUCUUAUCCGGAUCAUAUCGUUUUUAUAUUUUCGAACAUUAUGUGAAAACCUAAUCGGUCAAUUUCUACUAAAAAUAAAUACUAACGUUUCAAAUACACGUUCACAAUACAUUUUAUUAAAAUAAAAUAUUAAUAAAACCAAUAAUAGCUAUUUAAAAGUAAACAAAAAUAAAAAAAUUGAUAAAAAAAACCAAAAUAAAAUUUCAUGUACACAUCCUACAUAAGAUAUUUAUUAAAUUUAUAUCCAGCGUAUCUCCAUAUUCAACUAAUAGAAAAAAAAAUUAAAAUGCAUAUAACACCCGAACUCUAACAAUAGAUUAUCUGCAUGCUAAAUCAAUAGUCUCAGCGUCAAUCCGUUAUAACAGCGGUUUCGACAAUCUCGAAUAUUGGGAUCGAGUACCUAUAAUAGGGAAUAUUUUAUGAACGCAAAGGUUAUUUAUUUAUAAGCCCGCGUAAAAUUCAGACUGAAAUUGACAGACGGUCUAAAGGAAAAAAUCUGACGAAGAAAAAAAAAGCCGGAAUGGCCGUUGUUCCGGGAAUAUAUCCGGAUUGUAUAAAAACCCUCGUAAAAACUUAACAAUCUUUUAAUUUAUUAUUUAUUUUUUCGAGAAGUAUCUUAAAAACCUUUACGCGCAUUGUCAGUGAAACAGACAAAUUGUAUGAACAAUAUCGUGGCUGCAAGAACUUAUCAAACACCAAUCUGACCAGUAAAAAAGCAAUUCAUAAAUGUCCAUCACAUACUAUUAUAGCUAUGACAUGAUGUCACGACAAAAUAGGUUCAAGAACAAUUCAACGGCGUAAUUAAACUCUACGCAUUCUCCACAUAACUAUACGUAUUAUAUCACACAUAUUGUGCUAAAUUAAAAAGCUUGCUGGAUUAUAUUUAAGUAAAAUUUAAUGUAGACUAUACAGGGUGCCCAUCAAUGUUAUUCUUAUACUUAUAACUCUGUCAAUAUUAAUUUUCUUUUUUUUACGUUUUAUUUUUCAAUCGGGUGUUGUACGGGAAAGUCGCAUAUGUAGAGACAAAUUAAAUUUUUAUUUUCAUCCCUUAAUUACUGACAAAAAAAACUUUCUAUUCAUUCAUUUUUUUUUUAAAUUUUCGAAAUAGCUACUUUGUAAAAUAUAUUAUUCUGACAAGUUGAAUGACAAGAUCAUACAUUCAUAUCUGAUCAAUAAUUGUUUCUUAGUUAUAGCAGCUUUAAUUUAUAGAAUAUAGGCGUGAAAUAUUCAAUGGAAAAUAAAUAAUUACCGUGCUGAUUGUGAUUCCUUAUCGUGUAACGUGUUUUUCUAUUGAAAGCCAAUUGUUUUCACGCCAAUUUUCUAGAAAUUAAACCAGCUAUUAUUAAAAAACUAUUGAUCGAAUAUGAAUGCACGAGUAUGAUACAUUCGUAUUGUUAGGAUAAUAUAUUUUACAAAAAUUGCGAUCACAAAUUAAUAUUUACAGGAUAUAUAACAAUACUCUGUUAUCAGCAAACUAUUGAUUCCGACGGUUAACUUAUCGAGUAGUCAUAGAGCGCUAAUAACUAAUAGUGGCGACAAGGGGUAUUACUGAAUUUAUAAAUAAGAAAGAAAAAAUUUUAAAAUUAAAAAUUUAUCUAGACACUAUCAUAGAAGAUGGUCGAUGUGAUAUUGAUGCCCAUAUACCACUAGUAUAUCCAGUGGUUAUACAGUGGAUGUACUUUUAAGAUAUCCAUAAUAUUCAUUAUUAAAUAUUUAUGACUCCCGAUGGAUAUCUAAAUGAUAUCCAAAUGUCCAUUUUUUUUUUUUUUUUUAAUGUGCUAUUUCAAUAUCCAUCGGUUAUUUAUUGAAGUUAUUCAUAAGAUCUCUUAUAUUAUCUAAUCCUAUUGGAUAACCACAAGUUAUUAUUUAUAUACUUCAGUAUAUGCAUUAUAUAUACAGUGAAUGAUAACUUGAGAUAUUAUUUUUAAGUAUAUGGAACAAAUAAUAGGUAAUGUUUAUUUACUUAUAUUAAAUUACUAUUUUUAUGGUUAACAAUAAAUUUAACAUAAUAUAUUCAUUUAUUUUUUAUAAAAUCUAGCUUCUGCAUAUCUCAUCCAGCUUUUGAUACAAACAAUGUCAGAUUCUUUUGAAUCUUUGGCAUUUUUGAAAACAGUAUCUAUAUAAAAAUAUAAAUUAUAUAAAAGCUGUUAAAACAAUUUAGCAUAAAUAAAAUUAUCUUAUCAAUGAUCAUCUUACACAGGUAUAAACAUGAUUAAAGUUUUUUUCCUUUUGCUCCAGUCCAAUUGUAUGACGCAGCAAAUUGUACGGUAAAAAGAUUUUUAAUGUAAUGACAUCUUUCAGGAACAUAAUUUUAAUGGCAAUGCUACUUUUGUGUGUAUAGUGUAAUUUGUAUUAUGUUGAAAUAUUUUAUGCUGAUAAAUAAUAUAGAUUUAUUUUAAGUUAACUAAAUGGUAUCACUGUUUUAAUUUAAUACCUUGCCAGACACCUGGCAAGAAAAUUUAGUAAAAAAAAAAAUUGUCAAAUUUGUCUAUCGGGCAUAACAAAUCCAGAAAACAGUUGUAAUACAGUAACUGCUCAACUAGUCAAUUUAAAAUCUAAAGGUUUUUUGAUUCACUCUGAAAACAAUUUGUUUUUACUUAUUAGACAAAUAUAUUGAGAUAUCAUUUUCCAAAUAUGCUAAUACUCAAAAUGUAUUCGAAGACGUUGAUGGCGUUUUUAAAUUUAAUUAUUUCAUUUUAUUUUCGUGUUCCGAACAAAAAAAUUAUAUGAUUGAGUAUAUAUUCACUACUUAUAUUACAAUGAGAAUGAAACGACAUACUUAUUUUUCUAGCCAUCAACUAAAAAUCAAAAACAAGGUUAACUAUCCAAAUUGUUACUAAUUAAUUUACUAGUUAGAAAUACCUACAAUAUAGAUACAUAUAUUAUUUAUUAUUUUUUAUAAGAAUACUACUUAUACAUAUUGUUUGUGUUGAAAAAUAUAAUAAAAAUAAAACUAUUAUACCUAUUAUUUAAUUUGUAUAAAUCCCAAAUUCGGUAUUACAUGUUACGAUUUUAUUGAUAAUGCAUAUCAUUUUAUUAGUACAAAACUCGCCACUGCCACCUUUAAGCGCUACCUGUGAAUUCAAGAAUGAAGAAUGUUCUCAUAACAACUGCUCGUUGUGUAUCCUGUAUAUCUAAUUCGUGAUUGCGAUUUUGAAAACUUUACAAAGUGAAAAAAUAGAGUUAUUUUUUCUUUCGGUGAUUAAAAUAAAAAUAUAAUAUUUCUCUACAUUUUUGUGCCCCUAACACAAAAAUCGAUUAAAACAAAAAACAAUUAUAAAUAAAUAUAGAUAGAGUUAUAAGCAUUCGGAUAGCAUUGUGUUGUGAGCACUCUGUAUUAACGUGUAUUUCAUAAACUCGAUAAAUAAAAAUAAAUACACUCGCUAUAAUGAAACAAUUACAAAAAAGAAACACAUAUUAGGUACUUGAAAAAAAAAAACCGUUAUUAAUAUAAUUAAUAUUUACGUUUGAGCGGAUUAAAAUUCUUAAUUAAUUUAGGCAGAUACAUUACAGACGGUAUGCGUUACACGUUUUAUGUUAGGUAACAAGUGGUCGAUGAUAUAAAUGUGAUUAUGUCAAAUCGUUAUGUUUUAUUAUUUUUUUUUUAAUCAACUAUAUUCUAUUCAAAUGAAACCGCACCGUGCAAAAAAAACCGGUAAAACUCGUGCAAACAGGCAAUUUCUGCCACUGUACGUUCCGGUGGCAACGGCGGCGGCAACUGUAGCUGACCAAUCAUAGAACGAUUAGAAAUUUCUGGAGGGUACGAACGUUUUUCCGUGGCUCAUUUGUGUGCGCUAUAGCGGUUACCUCUUACUUGGAACAGUAUACAGAACAUAAGUACAUUCAGUGGCGUAUUUAAAUGGGAGCAAAAGGAGCCUGUGCCCCUUCCUCAAUGGCCUUAACUAUGUAUAUAUUUUUAAAACUUUUAAAAUAACUACAUAUGAGUAUCACCUUACGUAAUAUACACAUAACUGCCAUGGUCUAAAAGUAUAACUGAUUAAAGUGUCAAGAUAUACAAAACGUCAUAAUAAACAUUUUUCAGAACAAAAGUUUGUUAGUACAAAUGUCUUGUAGAACAAAAUACAACGUUUUACUGUCGCUGUCGCGACAAUUAUAUUAUUGGAGAUUGUAAAGUAUAUAAUAUUUUAACGGACAAUCCUCAACAUUGGCGCACGUCAAUUAUUUUUUAUUUUUAUGCGUAUUACAGUAAUAGGUACAGUGUUACGAAUUUUUUUUCAAUAAAUUGACCAUAAAAAAUAUAAAAAAAACAUACAUAUACCUGUUGUUAAAGAAAGUGUAAAUUUUUAAAAUAUCGAUUGUUUAUUUGUUUUUAAUUUAUUUGUAUGAUUAAAUAUUUUAAUUUUUAUGUCCUUUCGUCCGAAUUAUUCAUUUUUAAAUACGCUUCUGAAUAUAUCAACCGACAAUUUAUUUAUUUAUUCUAUACAAUAUUCAUAUAUUGUCAGUUCGAUUUGUAACAAUGGUAAAAUAACAACAGUUAAUUAAACUAUUUUUUUUUUUAAAUAUAUUUAUAUACUAUAUUAAACAUAUAUGUAUUUAACAUACUCAUGAGGAAAAAUCAACACGAUUUUCCAUAUUUAAUCUUUUUCCGAUUUCGAUUCAAUUAUUCUUCCUUAACGGUAUCCGUAUUAACUGCCCUUUUAAUUAAUCUUUCCUUCCAACUAUCCAUUUUAGAUUCUGAGUGUAGAGAAGAAUGUAAUAGUUUUAUUAAGAUGCUUUUUUUUUUAAAUUUUUUCUAUCCUGUGUACAAAAAUUCUACCAAAAAUCUUACUCAGAUAUAUACGCAUGGCACUAUUUCUGAAUGGGAAUGUUGUCCAGAUAGUACUUUUAUUUCAAAUUUCAUAAUAUCCGGGAAAAACCCUGAUAAAACAUAAGAAAAAUGAAAAAUGUGCAAAAAUAAUGCUUUUAUUAUUUUUCAAUUUUGUUAAUUGUUGUAAUUCAGUUAAAAUAUUCGUUGAAACUUGAAAUUAGAAAAGAAAUCUUAUAUUUGUCUUUUCUAGAUGCAGUAAAAUUUUUAAAAUCUUUAAGACAUUUUUUAGCUAUUCAUAGACCUUUUAAUUUUGUGAGCUUUGUACGUAAUUUUUAUUCGUUAGGUACUCUGUGGUAAAAUUGUUAGACUUGGUCAGAAAUGCUUGAAAAUUAAACCAGAGUUCACUAAGAGUUUUUCUUUGUAAUAAAAAAAAUAUUUAAAUUAAUUUAAUGUAGUAUUUAUUUUUUUUUUUUUAUUAGGGAAAUUCAAUAUCAAAUUUUGAAUGAAACAUUAUGCGAAAGAAAUUUAAAUUUCCAAUUUUUUUUUUAGCAUAUGUAUAUUACUGAUUUAAAAACGAUGGAAAAGUCAGAAUUAAGUGGACUGACUAAGUGUCGAAAUUAUAGCUUUCUGAAGUUCUGAUAUUAUAUGUUAUGUUAACUCUAUAUUAUACCCCUUCGAACAUAUUUAUCGUGAUCUAAUAGUUAUUUAUGCCUAUUAUAAUUCUAGGGGUUCCGACCAGUGUUUCAAAAAAAAGGUGUUUGCAUUGAUUUUGUCUUUUACAUAAACGAGGAAAAAACAAAUGCAUUUUGGAUGUACCUAGAGAUCUAAGGCCUCACUCGCUCAGACUAUUUUAAUCGCAAAAUACCCCUUGAUUGUUGUGCACAAUUUUCUACCAGAAAUCUUUCUUCGUUGUAUCAAGCGAGCCUAUUUUCUGAAAGGUAAUUUUAUCUCUAAGAUAAUUUAGAGAAGUCGCUUAUUGAUUUUUCAAGCGAUUUUCAUAAUAUCUGGGAAAAACCGUUAUAAAAUGUCGGAAAACGGAAAAUGUACAAAAUGUUGGUAAAAGUAAAAAAAAUAUUAUGGCUUUUUUUUCUGUGUACAAUUUUUCUACCAGCAAUUUCGCUUCAAUUUAUAAUGAUAGCACUUUUUCUUGAAACGAACUCUAACUAGGAAGGUAAUUUAAGGGAGUAAAUUUUCGAUUUUCCGAGGAGUUUUCCUAGCAAAUGUAAAAAACCACGAAAAAACAUGGGAAAAUCGGUUCAAUGUUAAAUGAAUAUGAUUAAAGAAAAUAUAUAAUGCCUAAUUAAUCAUUUUAACAUAAUAUGGCAUAUAUAUUGUUGACAAAGCAUUACUAUCAACUAAAGUGCGCUCAGAAUCGUUUUUUCGUUAGCAAUGGUUUAUCGUUGUUUACAGAUAUACAUUAAAUUACCUAUAACAGUGGUUGCACUCGUCUCCAUUAUCCUAGACGUCUUUUUAUUUUAUAUUUUCCUACACUGUAGAAAAUAAAAAUAUUUGAAACAUUCAUUGCUUAUUGAAUAAAACAAUAAUAACAUCUACGCGGAUUCGUCACUUUUUAUUUUCUCGACAAGUAUUUAACAGAAAUACCGUCUAUCGUUUUGUAAAUAUUUCAAACUCAAUUCAAUUAUUCGUAUCAUUUAAAUGAUAUUUGUAUAAUAAAUCUAUCGGAGUCCGUAAAUUCAAAUAUUUUCGAAAAGAACUAUUUAUUAUGAUUUCUAAGAAAUAAACCUAUUAAUAAAUUGGUUUAUUUUUUAAAUAAACUACUAAAAAUAUACUAAAAAUUGAAAACAUGUCUAUUUCGACUUCAUACUCAUUUAGAAUAUAAGGUUUAACCUUUUUUCAUCCAACAGUUUUUAACUAUCACAUAUUAGUUGUUUUUUAUUCUACACCUCUACAUUUUUUAAAAACCCUUAAUAGUUAAAUGCCAUUAAUUUCUUUGCAACUUUUAAGUCAUAAAACACAUCUGAGCUUUUGUUUAUAUUAAUAAAUUAUUCUAUUUGAAAUAACUACCAACUAUAAAUUUAAAUAUAUUACAUGCUAUGUACGUAUACGGUAUACCUAUUAACCUACUACUAUAACGUCUUAUAUUAUGUGGUAUUAUCCAAGUAGGUACUUACUCGGACAAUACCGCGUACUCCUUUGUAUACUUAUACCUAGUUAAAUAGUUGUUAUAAUGUGUUAAAAAUAGAAGUUUAUACAUAUGAUAAAUUAUAAAUUCAUUAUUUUAUUUGUCUGAAGCCAAGUCAACGAAGAAAUGAGAUGACUCGUUAAAUGAUUGUUUUGUCAGAGAUGAUAUCAAUUUUCCCUGUGUUUUUGUCCGGCGUUUUUUCUACCACUCUUUAUUGUUGACGAUCAUUGUUUUCAUUCAUUAAUAUUUGUUUAUAUAUUAUAAAAAGCUAUACGUGUAUCCAAACAUUAAAAUCUACAGGGAUUUAAGAGGCAAACUUCAUGUGAAGCAUUUAAAAGUCAAAAAGAGAACUAUACCCAUAUUUAUUUAACCAUAAGUAUUACGUUUAAUUUUAUUUCAGAGUGAUAUGAAUACAUUACAUAUUACUAUAUAAUUGUAUUAAUAUGUAAUAUUAAUAUUUAAUUAAUACAUAAUUGUCAAUUUGAAACAUCGUAGGCCCUAAUUUAAUUCAAAAAGAUAUUUUCGAUAGAUAAUUAUUAACACCAAGUGACUACCUAUAGUAAAUAAAAUUAGAAAAUUAUGUAUAUACAGGGCGUCCCACUAAGAUAUACCCAUUUUAAUAUCUCCUGAAAUGAUAAAAAUAAUCAAAUUAUAUUAAAUAUUCAAUUUUUAUAAAAAAAAAAAGUACUAAAACAAUAACUUUUAUUUUAUUGUUUUUAAAAAAUUUGACGAUAGCUUAUUCAAGUUUUCAAGUUUUUUACUUAACAUAAAAUUGAAAUAUAAAUAUGUGUGUAACAUAAAAAAACAGCAUUUGAUUAUUUUUAUUACUUAUCUCCGGAGAUAUUACAAUGGUUAUAUCUUCGUGCGACCUCUUGUUUAUACUGAGUUCAUCAUAAUCGUAUAUUUAAUAUUUAUAUAAGAUGUUUAUUCAUGUCUAUAUAUACAGUGUUGAAUCCAGGUAUACUCCAGGGGGGGAGAAAUGCCCCUCAAGAAUUUCAUUUGUCCUCCUGAAAAAUACAAUAACUGUCAACAAAAUGUAUUUAUUAAAUAUGUACAGUACUUGUUACUCUUUCCAAUUUACAUCGAAUUGACAAAUGAAAAAAUGAGCGCUCCCCAGAGAAAUUCUCCAUAUUUAACACUGUAUAUAUAUGUUUGUGUGUGACUUGAUGCAAGGACUAAUGUCAAAAAAUAAUAAUAUUACAAUAAUUAUGGAUUAAACAUUUUUAGAAAUAAAUUCAACUUCCAAUUUUUGAUUUAUUUUUUAACUCUUUAUUUAUUUUUUUUUGUGACAUUAUUCCUUCUUACACAAAGUUAAAAAAAAUAAAUGUAUACUCUACACAAUUCUCUGUAUCCUACCUUCCCAACUUUCUACCUAAAACAGUGACGCACCCAUCAGUAAAUCAACUCUAAGCCAUUUGUACGGCCAUCUUAUAUAGUUAACAUGUAAAUAUUAAUUUACUUAGAAAAUAUUGUAACUAUUUAUGUAUAAUUAAAUCUGUAAUUUGAUACAUGUAACUCUCUACUUCCAAUAUAAGCUCCACUUAAAAGAAGUAGGUAUAACAAUUUGUAUGUAAAAAAAAAUAUUUAUAUAAUAUCCAAAACGGUUUUUUGCAGCAUACGAAAACAAUUAUCAAAAAGAUAGUUCACAAUUAAUAAUAAUUUUAGAUUCUGAGUGUAGCAAAAAAUGUAUUGGUUUUACAAUAAUAUUUAUUGUUAUUUUUUUAAUUUUGUACGUAAUUAUAUAUGAAUAAAAUUAUAUUAUAGCACCUAGAUGUGCUUUUUCAAGACUAAAAUGUUACCCGUUUUUAUUCUAAAGAAUUGCUUAUAAACCUACCUACCACACUACCCUAAAAGUUGUGUAGUUUUCGAUAUCUAUUAGACAUUUUUAAAUGCAAUUAAUAUUAUAUACUUUAAAUAGGUCAACUUUUUUUUUUACUUUCAAGGUAGUUUUACUUUCGAAUUGUGAUUUAGUUUUAAAGUUACUAAUAUAAACAUAAUUAUUUUCGCUUAUAUAGUUACACUCCAAUAAUUCGUAUUUCAGUUUUCAUAGUUUUACAAGAUGGAUUAAAAAACAUUUUAGAAAACAAUUCUUAUCUCAUCGUGUUUAGGAAACAAGCCUUGUCUCAUCUUUUCUCAUCUUUUAUUAGCUGAGAUUUUUAUGUCAAUUCAAGGUUUUUAUAUAUAUGGUGUUGACAUAUUAAUCGUAAUUUACUGUAUGACAAACACAGGUUUUGUUUUAGUCAAACAAAUAAAAUUAUAGAACAAAAUAUGUUCAGAAAAACUUUUUUUAUUAAGGUUGAUAAUCUAAUUUUAUCAAAUUUCGAGAUACGCUCCUUUACAAUAUCAACGACGAUAUUACUUACAAUUAAAACAAUUUAAAAAUCACACCACCAUAGGUCUUUUUUAGUUAUAAUAUAACUGUAGCUGCAAUCGCCAGUAAAAAAGUGUGAUAAAUUAUUAAAAUGGUAAUAUGAUGUUAAGAAUAUUUAUACAGAUGAACCAACUAUAGUUAGACAAGAAUAUAAUAAUAUACAGAUAUACAAGUGUACAUCACGUGUUACCUCUAUAAAUAUUGUAUAAUAUUAUGGUAUCGAAUAUUAUACUGCAUUUUGUUUAUUUCCCACAGGAACACGGAAACACUUGGAACGCUUGUAUAGUAUAUAUAUAAAAAUUAUCGUAUAGCACAAAUCAAAGUUAGUCGUCCCCAGAGCAUGAACCAAAUAUAAUAAAAUUUGUUAAUAGUCGCUCGAACAGUCAAUAUAUAUUUCAGGUUCUUUUUUUUUUUUUUUUUUUUAUUAAAAUGAUGCGUAUUAUGUUAUAUGUGGAAUGUACAAGAUAUCGAAAAUAAAUGUCCUGCACUGUUAAAAUACCUAACUAUGACACCUACAAAUACAUAUAGUGUUAGACAUAAUCGCUCUUUCAAUUUACUCCAAACCACAGUAUAUAACACAGUAAAGUAAUAGGUAUAAGUUAGGCAGGUACGUACCUACACAGUAUUAUUAUUGAGUAAUUUCUAAGUUUAAGAAUGAUUAAAAUUCAAGCACAACCACAUAAUUGAAACAAAAAUUAUGGCACUUCAAGUUAUGUAUUACCGAACUGCGCACGGAAUCGUCUUUCGUCAAGCAAUGGUUUAUCGUUGCUUACAUAUAUAAAUGAAUUAACCUUUUGCAUCCUACCUUCCCAACUUCUCACCUACAAUAGUGGCUAUUCCCAUCCUCAGUUUCAGCUCUUUUUAAUCUUCCUUCCAUUCCUCUAUACUUCACGGUUCUGACCUAUUUCCUUCUGUUCCUGUACUUCUACUGCUUUCAUAUCUCUAUCCAAUUGACGCUAGGUUUUUUCUUUCUGCAACUAUUCAUUACCCUUCCAUCUCCAUUAAUUUAUCGUAGUAUCACAAAAUGAUACACAUAUUAAAGAAUACUUAUGAAAGAUAUUCCAUAUCCUGUUAUUAAAUAUUAAAAUUCCGCGAAUUUUCAAGUAACUUCAUGAAAUAUUCUCUCCAACUUUUAGAGUUAUUUUUCGGUCCCAUAAAAAUUACCCACCCUGUAUCCAUAAUUGAUUUUAAUGUUGUAUUAAACUAUUGGAAUCAAUAAAAUCAUUUCCUAGCACCAUUUCCAUCCUAGACCAUUUCUUUCCAAUAUUCUUGUAAUAUUCUAUUUAAGAAUCUUUGUAUCGUAUUUUUGCAAUUUAUAUAUUCUUCUUCGUAUAUCUCUUUGGUACUUUGAUCUCCCAUCAUCGAAUACUUCUCCCAAGCUAAUUUCCCCUUUUUAACGACUUCCAAACAUAAUUUAUUACACCAUUUGCUUUUUUUUUUUUUUUAAGAUGCUAAUUUAUAGUUCUGCUAUUUCCUUAAUGAGUUAGCUAGCUUGUUCGAACGCGAAUACAUAUCUUAUUUAUUGAUAUUUUUGAUGCUUGUCACAAUUUUUUGUUGGGCCUCUACAUUAAGAUUUGUUAUCGUUGGGAAUUGUAAAUUAAUCGUUUUUACUUUAGUAAAUAAUAAUUUUGAGUAAAUUAUACGUAUCAUAACGAGUUAGUAUUAUAUAUAAAAUGAUUAAACCGAAAUGUUCAAUAAAUAUAAAAAUAUAAACCUCAAGGUUUAAUUAUACUGUGUAAAAAAUGUCUAACGAUUAAGGAUAGGAUAAUAAAUUAGUGAAAGGCACUUAUUACAUACAGUUUCCAAAGUCAAUAGUUAUGUACAAACAAAAUGAUGACGUGUUAAGGAAGUCAAUUCGCAUAAAUGACAAUACGAAAAUUGAUAACAUUUUUAUCUAUUGCGAGGAAUGGAUACCAGACAAAAGGAAAUAAAAAAUUAUCUAUAGCGGUAAUUGUAAGACUAUUUAUAGACUCGGUGAUGUUUACCGAGUUGAACUAAAACACUUAUGUCGUAAACAUGAACAAUUUACAAGUCUCAACCUAAUAGAAAAAUUAAAAUAUGUAGCCCAAGGGUUACGUGAAAAAUAAUUUGUCAAACGGAAAUUAUCAAGUCGACGAUUAUGAUUUAUUAAUAUAUUUAGUGGACAAAAUAUAAUAUUAAUUAAAAUGUAUUAUAAUCGUUGACGUUACGCUAAAAUUGCAAGUGGAUAAUGAAUCAAUUCAAAAUAUUCAUUGAACCGUUUUUAAUUUAUUAAAAUGUGGAUCAAAAUAAUAAUUAUCGUUUCUAGCCUUCAUGUUACUUACAUCAUACUUAUUGGGAAAACGCGAUGCAUAAAAAAAUGUAAUCUUUGAGAUUUUAACUGCCUGUAAAUUGCUGACAAUUAUAUUGAUUUACUUAUUGUGGUUAAAAUUCAAUAUAUUAUUAUUAUUGCCAUUACUGGCCUAGUAAUGCAUUAAAUUAUAAUUAUAUGUGAAUAAUGAAAAAUACACUGGCAAAAAGAUAACAAUAUGUAUUAUUUUUCAAUAAUUCAAAAUAGUAAUUUUUUUAAAUAUUAAAAAAAAAUUGUAUCUAUAAUUCUUUAAUUACGCCGUACCUAUAAGUACAAAUUCAAUUAUAUAUCUACAUAAUAAUAUUCAAGUACUUAUUUAUCUUCUCUUAGUUUUAAACAUAGUAAAUGAAAAAUAAACUCGGACGAUUUAAAAAUGUAAUAUAAAGGGGACUAAAGUAAAUAAAUUACAUAAGUUAAAAGAAAUAAUUUUUAACUUGGAUUUGCCAGUUGUUUUUUUACUGAAUAUCUAUACAGUAUAUUAAACCAGCGAGUAUUAAAAAAAAAUUUUAAAUAAUUUUUUAUAUUAACUAUACAAUGUGUUUCACUUCAAUAUUUGAAUUAUUCAGCCGAAUUUAGAUCGAAAUAUGGUUUUUUAAUACUAUAUAUUUUUAUAAAAGAACUGUAAUCAAUGGAUUUUUUCUACUUAUCUUAGCAAUUACAUGAGAUAAAAUUGAUUUAAAAAGCAUGAUUUUUUCUAAAUAUUUCAAAAAAUGUAAUACACAUGUUAUUACACAUGUGAAAUUUUACAAUUAUUAUCAUUAAUUAUUAUUACUUUCUAUAAGAAAUUAGUAAAUGUAUCUUAAUAAGAAUUAACAUUUUUAAAAUUGUUUCAAAACUAAUUUUGGUACCUCCUAAAAAAAAAACACCAUUACAAUCUAAUUCCAUCCGGCUGAAAAAUGUCGUAUGAUCAUUCAAUUAAAUCACGCUGAACGAGAGCCGCUGAAAAAAAAGACAACACGAAUGAAUAACAGAGGCUUAGGUAAGGUAAAAUAACACCUAUACUAUUGUUAAUAUUUGAGUUUUGAUUGGUAAUAAAUGAACUAAUCAAUUCAAAUAAACAAUAGAGUCCAAUAUCCGAUUAAAAAUAUCUGAAUGAGAUUCCUGUUUUAUUGACAUAAAAUAUAAUAUAUUGUACAUUUUAAUUGAAUGUACCAUAAUAAUAUUAUAUUAGGUAUUAAUUCAAAAUAAGUUUCAGCAUUUUUGGUUUUAUUAUUAUUGUAUAAAUUCUCGCGGAUGCAUAUGCCUGUUGAUUUGUGAGAUUGCCGUUAAAGGGAACGUUGACGUAUAGACGUGUCCAAUAUGCGCUCUUUGAAUUAUUUGAUAAUAAUACGGAUUAUACAGAUGAAAAACCAAUACGAAUCAAAAUUUUGAAACAUAUUUCAACGUAUUUUUUCGACAAUUUAAUAACAAUGAUCAUUGUGUUUUAUUGUUACGAGUGAUCGUAUAAAUUUUAAAAAUCGUUUCACCCAGAUGUUACAUACAUAAGACAUCAAAUUUUUAUCCAAUAUUGCAACAAAGAAUAAAUAACCAUGCCUUUGCUUUUAAAGUCAUUUCUAUUAUAUAAGUGAAUUAAUAACUAGGUAAUUCAAAAAAACAGUAAGUAACGAAUUAAAUAUAAUAUUCAAUUAUUUUAAUCAUAUCGAUAAGAAUUUGCCCAUCUCAAUUUUCUCGACUGUGAUCAUUGUCCAAGCAGGGUUUCUAUGCCAAAUAGUUUUUUGAUGUUUUUUUUUUUUUUUAAGAGAGUAAAAUUAACACGAUAAAAUUGACUAUGAUAAAAUUCAAGUAAGUAAAAGACAAGAUGUAUUGUGUUAGAAAUUAUGUAAUAAUUUCUUAAAACAGAUUUCAGUCAUACACAUUUUUAAGUAGAUAUACUAUAAUAAUAUAAUAUACCUAUUUCGGUAAAACUGAUUACAGUUUAUGUAUUUAAUUUAACUUUAAGUUUGACAAAUAACGGUAAUUAAGCUAUUUUUAAGUACCCUUAAUAACAUAAUCAAUAGUUAUGAUUAUUAUUCUUAUUUACGCAUUGCAAUUACAUCGAUGGUUUAUUUUGAAUCAUUAAGACGUAUAAAAUAAUAAUAUAUCCAGACCCCGUGUUAUAUAAAUACAUUUAUUAUUCUUAAGCUGUAUAUACACUUAGUCUAAACAAUUUUCCAACGUCUAGGUCAUUCGAUUAACAAAAAUUUACCAAUUCGCUUUAAGUUAUAUAGCGGGAUAACUGUUAGAAAAAAGUUUAAAACACACACACACACACAUCUUUUAAAUUUAAUUUACCUUCUACAACAAUUAUUUUUGGAGUAUUCAUUAGUUAUUUAUAAUAACUUAUUGCUGAUUUUCCGUCUUACACAUAUAAUUUGAUUUUUAAAAUAAAAAUAAAUACGUACGAUAUACAUCAAAGUAUACUAAUUAAAAUAACUUUUAAUUUCAUUAAAAAAAAAAUACAAAUUAAAAAUUAUAAAAGUAUACUACGUAUCCAUACAUUUUAGCUAGAGUGAAGAAGCUGCCAGAGUCGAGCUACCGGGUCAAUAAAAAUAAUAUUAAAAGCAGGAUCAAAAGACUGGGUUGUCCUGCAACCGUCUCGCUCCGUUCACCUCGAAACAAUCCAAUGUUACUAUAUUAUUUUAAAUCUAAAAGCAACAAUAAAUUAUCACAUCCUAAAACCAGUAAAACCUAACCCCGAAUAAUAGAACUUAUUUCACAACCUUUACUGUUCAUAUAAUAUUUCUUUCUUUUUUUUAUAAUAAUAAUUUAAUUCGUUCAUAAAACGCAAUAAAUAAUAUAAUUAUAAAAAUGUUCGAUAUUUUGUUAUUAAAUCAAACUUUAGAUAAUUUAUUAUUGUAAUUUCAGUCUAUAGGUACCACUCAUACGAGGAAUAACGUAGGAUAAAAUCUUUGGGUUAUAUUCAAAUUCAAUAAAUCAUCUUCGAUGACUUGCGAUUUAAUUAAACAUAUACGUUUUCAUAUAGAUACUGAAUGAAAACUGUAAAUCUUGUGGAUCAUGCAAAAAAAAUUAAUGUUUACUCAGAGUAAAAAGUUGUUAUACUGCGAUACACGAGAAACCGUAAAUGGAUAAAUUUCGUUUAAACUAAUCGAUAUUCAGAGUUUUAUUCGUAAUCGUCCACACAUUUUUUGAAUUUGUCUAUUAUUUCUUAUACACUAAAAAUACCGACAAAUUGUAAGUCAUCGGUUUGUACAGUCAAAAGAAAAUCAAAAAUGUAUUAUAGAUGAAGUUAACAAUACUCAACAAUACUACUUGUAUAUUAUGUAUGAAUCUUUUUGAUCCACCCUACUGGAUACAAUAUGCACGUCUUCAAGUCAAUUCUACAGGGAGGGUGGGCAAAAUAAACAAUCUUAUAUGAGUGUCUUAACCGACGGUUAGUGGGUUACGGAGCUUAGUCUUGCAAAAUCAUCCAAAUUUUCCUGAAAUGUGUGUUUUAUAUAAUAAGCCAGUCUUAAGAGUAUUGAAGCCGGCUUUAUUAAUAUUUUACAUUCGUGUAAAAUUUUAAUAUUAUCGGUAACAUUUUUAUUAAUCACCUUAAAGAUACGACUUUUCAAACUAAAUUACUGCCUACUAAAUUUUAAAAAACAAUUUUUUUUUUUUUUGUUUUACGAACUAUAAAAUUAAUUUAUGAGGAAAAUGUUCUCACCUCGUAAAACUCCUCAAUUUUUUUUUAUUUUUUUUUAAUACUUGAAAGAGCAAAACUUUUUAUAGGUCAUAUUGAACUUCGACUUUUGAUUAAUUUGUAUGUGAUAUCAGAAAAAAAAUGAUGGACUAAUUGGAAUGUUUUAGACGUGUAUUAUAGUAUCAAGAUUCUGUAGAUUUUUAAAGUUUGAGUUCAAUGUGACCUAUAAAAAUCUUUCUCUUUCAAAUAAAAAAAUGAAUUUCUGUAUGAGACGAUAAAACAUUGUUACUGAAGUACAAUUACAAAAUUGGGUUAUAUCUUAUACAUGUUUUAAAAUCUCAUGAUUUCACAACUUUUGUCAAAAUUUGAACUCAAAACAUAUAAAAAAAAAAAUAUAUAUGUUAAUUUAUUUUUUUUUAUGCUAAGUAAAACACAUGAUCAAACAAUUUUAUCAGUGUAAAACAAAAAAAAAUUUAAAAUAUCAAAUACCUAUAAUAGCUCAAUAUUAACUAGAAUAUUUUGUUAAUUUAACAAUUCUAGAAGAGGUUAAUAUUUUGUAUUGGCAGAAAAUAUUUAAAUAUUUUUAUAUAACAAAAAAAAAACAAAUAAAAAAUGGUGAAACUGUUGGGUAAGUAAUUUUUCUCGUUUUUCUUCGGGUUUCCUUAAUUGUUAAUAAAACUAGAUGGAAAAAUGACAUUACAGUGCAGUGACUAAAUUAAAUUUACUUUCGGAAAAGAUUCUAUACUAGAAAUUCGGAGUAUGAUUUCUAGUAUAAAAACCAACUAAGAAUCUAUGUUACGAAGUGUUAGAAUUUUUCUCGUGGGGUAAAUUCUUUUAAAAAAUAUUAGGCGACUUAUUAUUUUAACUCCCUCCAAAAAAUAUCAAAUCUCAACCUUUUUGUUUUGUUUACAUAAAAAUUGUUUUGUAAACUAAUUUUUUUUUCUUAAGUAAGGCUAAAGAAUUAUUAUAGGUAUGUUGUGAAACAUGUAUGGCAAAAAUAUUAUACAUUUUACUUAUAGCGAUUAUAUUGAAUAUAUUAUAUUGUAUUGGAGCGUUUAAAUUCGAAACGUUUUGAAACAGCGCGUAAUAAUUGUGGUGUUCAAAUUCGAAAUAAUAACACACACGCUAUACUAUUAUGUUGUUAUGUGCCAAAACCGAGCAACAAUGCAAGACGAGUGUUCGACAUGAAAUAACAUCACUAUAAACUUGAAAAAUUGCAACAUGGUAACCGAAACAUAUUUUGAUCGUAACGAUUUUUUCUAUAAAUUACUCUCGAUUUUUUUAUUGAUUUUUUUUUUAGAUUAUUUCAAGUGAUUUGUUAUUAUAUUAUAACCUCGUCAAAGUACCUUUCGUGUAAACUUUCCAAUCGCAAUGGAGAGGACGUAUAAAAUGAUGCCUGAAGCCCUUUUAUUACCUCACACAAAGGAUUUCCCGAUAAAAAUAAAAGUAAAUUUUUCAAAAGCUAAUAACUUUAUCGUUGUCCAUUCAAAAUUGACAAAAUCUAAAAUAUUAAAGUGAUCAGUGGGGCAGAAUUGUUUUUUUUCUGGGGAGGGGAAAGCUGAAAAAAAUGUAACAAACAAUAUUUUUUGAACUUUGUGUGUAUUAAAUCAUACAUUAAACAUUUACAACUAUUUUACAGCUCUAAUUAUAUAAAAGUUGAAAUAUUUAUCUUUUUUAAAAAUUAUAAAUGUAUAUUCAUUUUUCGUUUUAAUGUUUUAGCAAGUUAAUCUAUAACAUCAUUGAUAUUCACGUUGAUAUCGCGAUGAAUAUAUUUUAGUAAGGCUAAACCAUUUAAACGUAUUUGUCCCGAAGAAUUUGUUAAAUAUGUUUUCAAACAAUGGAGUGUUGAAAACGGUUGUUCUCCCGUUGCAGUUGACACUGGAAGUGUUAUGAAUAUUUGAAGAAGUUUAGAUAUUACUGAAUAAACAUCUGAACUAGUUUGGAAGUAUACUUCAAUAGUAUUUUUUUCUUGAGUUCGGAAGGUGUUAAAUUUGAAUAUUUAGAGUACCACAAAUCUAAUUCUCCGUUUAAUGUAUGAUCAUUUAAAUUCGAAUCGUUACAUUCAUCAAUUAUAUCUUGAUAUGUUUCUACUAAUUAUUUUAAUUUACCUUUAAUAUCUUCAAAUAUUUUCAUUUCUAUCUUAUAUAAAAUACAAUCAAAAUAUAAUCAUAUAUUAUUUAUUUGUAUUAUCUGUUAAUAAUAAAAUGUAUAAACACUAUAUUAUUUUUUUAAACUAUAAGUAUUUUUUUUUUUAUUUUGAAGUAAUAAAGGGGGAGAUACAAUUCCCUAACCCCCCUUUUAUACGCCAUUGAAAGUGAUAGUAAAUAGUUUUUUUUUUCUUUUUUAAUCUAAAUAAUUUAAAUUAGGUAUACGUAUAAGAAACAUCAACUGUUUUUUGUUUUUUUUUUCUAAAUGCUUUUCACUAAAAUUGUUUUAAUAUUAUAAUUUCUUUAAACAUUAUUAUAUUUUUAAUACUUAUUUCGAUACUUAGGUUUACCCAUUAGAUAUCACUUAGUUACAUUAACUAUUAGGCAUUACAAAUUAAAUAUCAACUUACUAUUUGUAGUUGUUAACUAUAGAUUGCGAUAUGUAAAUUUGUUUGGCAAAACUAUCUGCAUAUUCAAAUUUUAAUUUCCAUAGAAAUACAUAUAAUUUAAUAAAUUAUAUUCAAUGUUUAAAUACAUGCAGUAAGGACUCGCCUCACAAUUUUAUUAUACUUAUUACCGUACAUACCUUUAAACAAAAAGUUUUAUAUUUAAAUACAAAAAUUAAUUUUAAAAUAUAGACAAUAAAGACAGUACUUACAUUGAUGAAAUUCAUAAUUAUUAUAAGUUAUAAGUAAUCGAUAAAUUAAACAAGUGUUAUCUCUGCUUUGGUCGAUGGCCGACAUGUACCUACCAUGGAUAGUAAAAUUACAAUAUCUUUAGUACCUAAACAUGUAUAUUAUUUAGCUUAAAUCGUAUAAUGAUUUUAUCAACAUGUGUAUCAUAUGGCAUGACUACAUUUAAUGAAAAUGAUUUUUAGUAUAAUAACACAUUUGAACCACAAUAAUAAUGAAUUGUAUUUAAAAUUAUAAAAAUAAAUUAAAUUAUUUAAAUAGCUUACGGUAAAUGUUUCAUUCUGGUUUAAUAUCCAGAACGCCAAAACAGCGAACAUGUCUAAUAACAUUUUUCCAUCGCGAAAUUCGGUUCAUAAACAUUUCAAGCGUAAUUAUUGAAAAAAAAACUAUAAUAAUUUCUAUCCAAAUAAUAUUUUGUAUAGUACUAGUACGUGAAGUAGUUAAUUAAUUACAUUACGCUCCUAUAGAAUAGAUUCCAUUUUCUUCGACAAACUGUAAAGACCACGUUAUCAUAUUACCGAAAGCUAAACCAUUCAAAAACAAAAAAAAUAAGAGCUCUUUUUUUUCCCCAUUCGAAACUCAUAUACUAUAUACCAUAAUAUUAUCGAAAACGUAAUACAGAUGUUAUGAAAUAAUGAUUGAUUCGGGUAAAAUCGGUUUCCAUUUUGGCGUGCCGAAAGACACGAAACGAUUCGUACCUUUCAAAACGUUCUUCCUCGACAUCUGGCAGAUGGAUUUGUCGAAAUUGGUUUUGAUAAACGAGGUGAAAUUUGUUUUUACAAGUGUACAUAUAUCGCUAUAACAGUCGUACACGUUUUUCUACGUGUGGUCGUGUUCAAAACAUUUUUUUGAAGGUAAAUCGAUAUAUAACUGGUAGUGGUGACGGUGGGAGUGGUGGUAUCAAUGCGCUGUAUUAUAUUUGUGCUCCUGUCCACUGAACCAUAAAUUAACGUUGCCCAGCAUGGUCAUUGUAUAGCAGUUUUUUUUUUUUUUAUUAUUAUUUUAAAUUACCUCGGAACGGAGGGAUAAGAGAAACUAUGAGGGUUACGAAAAAAAAAGUACAAAAUGGGUUGCAUGACACACGGGAAGUGUGCGCGCAGUAAUUUUAAUUCUAUUGUGUUUGUGAUUUGAAUACGGAGAUUUGUUUGAGUUUCACACUGGUGAUGAUUGCAAUCGAAAACUUCCCUAAUCAACUAAAAGCACGGAUUUCUGCUGGUACCGCGGUGGUUUUCAAGAAUUAACAUCAGUGCGUCUUUAAUAUUAUUGCAGUCAACGAUGAAAAAAGAAAACUAAAAUAGUAUACAACGCUAUCGGUAAUUUAUAUAUUUUCAAUUAUUCCUGAUAAUAUUCUAAUUAAAUUAAUUUGUAUCUGUAUACAUCGAAUGUAUGCUGAUUGUAAUAAUUUAUACCCAAAACCUAAACUGAAAUCAAUUUGAAGAACAUAAUAUAAUUAUGAAAAUUACUUCACUAUAAAUUCAAAUAAGACUGAUGAUGAAUUAUAGUAUGUAACUAAAUUAACCUUAACAGAUAUGAGCAUUUUGUUGCUAUGGUAACAACUAAACAAGAUAAGUAUAUGGUAUCCAAUAAAAUUAUAUUCCUGCAAAUCCUUAAUUAUCGAGGUGAAAUAUACGCAAUAGUCGUUACUAUACAACAUGUGGUAAAACUUUUUUCGGUAGAGAUCUACUUAGUAUACGGUUUUUGUUUGACGAUAGAAAUCCAUCAAAAAUGUUAUAAUUAUAAAGUAUUUAAUUGAAUAUCUAGUUAAAGUGAUGACCUUUAUUUUUUCUGUCUAUCGGCUUUUUUAGCAUAAAAUUUUAUUUUUUUUUUUUUUUUGAAGUGCUCUCUAUGCGGUAAGACCUCUCAUAUCAUUAUAAAUUGUGAUUUAUCUACUUACAGUAAAAAAAAAAAGUUCUAAUAAAGGGAGGUCGACAUGGUUAUCAUCCGCGAUCUAUUAGCCGAUUAUGUGUCUUUUAUAAUAUUAUAUGAUCAUUAAGAGUUCUCUUCAUAAAAUUUAAUAACAUGUGUUUUCUAUUAAAUAAUAUGUAUAAUUAAAAUCGUUCUUUGUUUAUCAAAAUGCAAAUAAAAAAUAGGAAUAAAACCUAUUAGGAAAAAUUAGAAAUAAUAUUAUUACAUAAAAACAAUAAAAUUCAAAAAAAUCUAACCAAAACUACAGCACGAUAUGAGGUGCAUAAAUAAAAAAGUAUACUUAUGCAUUAAUUGUAAAACUUAAUAUUUAAUUAAAUUGUAUCCUACUAUAUGGAAGCAAAUUCUAAAAAUAAUCAUUUAAAACGAUCUUUUAUAAUGCAACUAAAAAGAAAAAAGAGGAACUGAAAAAUUAAUGUGAUGAUAUAAUUAGAUAUAAAUCAAUAAUCAUAGUAGUGCAUAGUUGAAUUUCACCAAAUUGAAAUUAAAAUUUAAAUGCAAUUACGUAAUUAAUCAAUGAACAAUUGACUUGGUAUCCGUAAUUACUUAAAUGCACAGAGUACUAUAUUUUGUUCGAUUUACCAAUAUAUUAUAUUUACAACUAUGAAAUUAGAAACGAAAAUUGCAUAAUUAUUUUUAUACAAAAUAUGCAAUACAAAUACAACAAAGUGCGCGAUUGUGCCACGUUUAAGAUACUAAAAAUAUGUUAAAGCUCGCAAAACACUUCGUAUAAUACAAAUAAUGACGAGUGUUUAUAUGAUUUAAAUUAUAUCGGUUUGCUAAAGUUAAACAUAAUAUAAUCAAACUAUAAAUAAAGUAAACAAAUUGAAUAAUCCUUGAAAAUGUCAAAGUUUUUUCGAUUUUAUUUUCUUCACUCUUACGUUCUUAAUGAAACCAAAUAAUUUGUUCGAAAUUGAACUAACUAUUUAUUAAUAAUGAAUGAUAAUAUUUUUUACAAAAAUAUAUUAUCUAAAAUAAUUUUAGAUACAGAGGAUUGAGAGGUACAUAUAUUAUUGAAUUUGGUAUUUUUGUUGUUAUUUGUGUUUGACGAAAAAGAAAGAUUCAUUCAAGUUUACUCAUAUUCUUGUUACAAAUAUAUUAUAACACAAUUUUUACUGCAGAGAAGUUAUUUUGAUUUUCCGAACAGUUUCUCUAUAGGCGUAUGUAUCAAAAAACUACCGAAAAAUUGUUUAAAAAAACAAAACAAAACAGUGUAGUUUAAAAAUACAUUUUUAUUUUUAACGAAAUGAUAUUUUAGAAAACGUAUAAAUGUGAGUUAAUUUUGAAUCAAUUCGUAUUCAAUGGUUUAGUAAAAUGAAGGAUUCACUUUAAUAUAAGUAAAUUAUAGCCUAUAUAUAUUAUAUUAUAGAAUAUAGAUUAGUACCUAAUAUUUUAAUUUCAAUCCAUAAAUCCCGUAGUAAUUUUAACUGAAUAAUUAUUUCCAUUUUACUAAAAUGGAUAUUUUGAAUCAUAUUUAAACAUACUAUUCCCAAUUUCCCAGUUGUUGAACUGAAUCGUAGGUACCCACUAAUAUUAUUAUAUUUUUACGAUUUUCGCAUAGUUUGAACUUAAAACGUAUACAAAAAAUCUACUACAUUACGUUAAACUAUUUAUUGUUUUUUACCACCGAAUGGCUAAUAUAACCUAUGAUGAACCUUGUGUUGAAUUGUUAAGAACAUCAGUUAGACCAAAACAAUUUUUUCCACAUAAAAUCAAUAAUGCUUAUAAAUAGUUCAAUAAUCGUCAAUAUUUUACCACGUCUACCUAUUACCUAUUACCUAAUGCUACCUAUUAAAAAUAAUGAGAAACGUUCUCUGGCAAGUACAUUGUCCUAUUUUUCCUUAGUUUUUUUCAAUUAUUAAGAAUAUUAUUAGAAGAAUAACGGCUCAAAUACACCAACUUGAACAAAUUUGCUUUGAUAAAAUGUGCUACACUUUAUAAUCUGGGCAAGAUAUCUAGUAGGCCGAACAAUUAUUGUUAAUAGAUUCAACAAAAAAAAAAAAUAAUCUAAAACCGGUUCACUCUUCGCUGUGCUCAGAAUCUAGAAAAAAUAAACCAUCAAAUACGAACACCAAUGAACACAGAAGUACAGAAUAUAGAGAUAAAAUGAAAUACAAAAUACAUUUCAUGUACAUAUAUAAUUUCGUUUAAUUUAUGGAUAAUCACGAGUAUGGUAAUUUUGUUUGUAUAAAACACUAACUUUUAAGGUCUAUAGAUUUAGUAAGUCAGCUGAACGUGGAUGAAAUUUUGAUAAUAUAAUAAGUUUGAGUUCAAAAUUUCGUAGUGUGUACAAUAUUGGAUAUUUAUUUUUGAUUUACAUAUUCAUUUAUCAUAUUAAUGGAUUGUGAAAAACAAUUAAUAAUACCCACCUACCAAUUAUUAAGAAAAAUCAUUCAAACUUUUGUAUGUGUGUACUAUAUCGGUGUUUUAAUUCCAAAUAAGGACAUUUUUAAAUUUAAAUUAAAACAAAUUUAGUUAUAUUAAAGCAAUCUGUACACGAAUAGAUAUUAUUGAUCGAUAUUCACAAAAUUCUAGAUUUCCCGACAAGAAUCAACUCGUUCAACCUAUUUAAUAGCUUUGAUGUAGGUAAUCAUCUAAAUCUAUGGCAUGUAAUUUCAAAUCUCUAAAACCCACAAGUUAAGUCUAUAAUGACUUCAGAUACAGGUUUGUAAUUAAACAACAUUUUUGAUUUACGAAGGUAGUAUUAAAAACUAUGUAUUUUGCAUCAAAUGUGAUUUUUCAAUAUUAUAUGCGGUUUAUUUCCUCUCUAUAGUUCGGUGAUCUUCAACAUUUCAUGACUUUCAGCCCAUUUUCUCGUGAUCGUAAUUAUUUGUUGGCCCUUUUGUUUCAGAAAAAGGUAAUUUUCUAGUAGAUUGAUAAAUUAUUUUUUAAUAUUAAUUAUACAAUUGAUAUACUAGUCUUUAUAAUUUUUAAUACCUAAAUAUUAUUUUUUGAAAAUUUAAAAGUACAAAAUUUCGUUGUAUUAGGAAUUAAAAAAAAAAAAAAUGGAUUUUUCAGAAUCAAGAAUACCAUUAGUAUAGUUUAUAGUUGAUUAUUUAAUAUUAUAGUAACAUACUAACAGUUAAAAAAUUAUCUAUAAUAGUAAACGCAUUAAUAAUAUUGAAUAGGUGAUUUAUUUCAAUACCGAACCAUUAAAAAAUGUACAUAAUUAAUUUUAAAAGAAAUUGAAAAAAUUUGUAAAGUAUGAGAAACGUAUUAGUUUCUAACAUUGUUUAAUUUAUCAAUAUCGUAGUUGUAUUAACACUGGUGAUCUCAAUUAUGAUGGAACGGGUGUUUAUUGACAAAUCGUUUUUCAUCGAUUUUUUCCCCAUUUUAUAACUGAGAAACAGUAACAGUAGCAAAGCAACUAUUAUUGAAUUCGUACUAUAUAAUAUAAUACUUUACGCGAUCGGCUAUUAAAAUAACAUUACAGAUGAAUCGAAAAACAAAAGGUUAUAUUUAUUUAAUAUGUAUACAUUUGUUAAUCAAUUCAAAUAUUAUUUGAUAAGUUAUUUUAUAAUAAACUUGUAUUUAACAAAUAUAAUCCAUUCUCUAAAAAAACAAACCUACAUAAUUGCUAUAUAAAAAUCAUCUACUGACUGCGCAUAUUUAUGAUUAUUUUUAUAUUAAAUAUGUAUUUGUAUUUGAAUAGGCACUAUAAUAUUGUUUUAAGUAUAGUUGUACCUACUAAUAUUUAAAUUUGAAACUAAUAUAUUAAUAUUAUUUAUCUUUUUCAAUUACUGUAUUAAUAUUGUUUUAAAACAAUUGACAUGUUUGUAAUAAUAAGAAAUGAUGUAAUGUAUUCACAUCCACUAAAAAAAAAAAUAAUAAUUUAAAAAGUUUAGUUAUUUGUCCAUACUUAGCUUAAAGCUAAAAUGUUAUCGCUUUAACUCGUAUAUAUUUUUUAAAAGGUUUUUUCUUGGCAACCUUAUUAUCACCUAAACUUUUAAUCAAAUAAUCCUGCUAUUAUCUAAUUUAUUUGAAUAGUGAACGAAUUUUAAAAUUUAAUUUAAAUAAUAAAUUUGUGUUUUUAUCUACAAAAUAUUCGUUUCAUUAAAUAAAAGUAAUUUCUAUAGAAUAUUAAUACGAUUAUAUUUUGUAAAAACAUUCCAACUAAAAUAAAGAAAACAAAUUCUAGACUAAUUGCAUUGCUCAACGGUGACAUUAUUCCUAAUACACAAUAUUAAAUGCGAAUUAAAAAUCAAAUAGCUGAGCUUUUCUACGUAAAACCACAGAAAAUUAUUAUUUGUUAACAGUGAAUUUUCGACACAACAUUCAAUAAAUCAAAUAUAAUAUUUCAAUCGUCAUUUUAACGUCAUGUUACGUUAUAUUUAUAUUUUGUUUUCAUUAUUAAAAGUCUGAUAAAGAUUUAAUAUUUUAAUGGAUAUUUACAUGAUCUAUAUUUUUUAGCAAAACUUUCAUCAUUGCACUCUCGUUCCAAAUGGAUUAUGACCAUUCAACUUCGAAAUACCGGAUAUUCUCUUGUCAUUUACAUUAGGAUUUAAAUUAUAAAAAAACAAAAUCUAAAAUUAACUACCAAAAUAUUAUUAUAGUCUAUCAAAUAUGCAUCCAACGAAGUAUUAUAGAAUUUAGUUUCGAGAUUGUAUUAUUCGGAACACAAAAUGUAGUGAUCAUAAAAGAUACGAAAGAUUCAGUUAACUACUACAGUAGAUAUGACAAUUUUGUAUACGUUUCAAUGCAGGUUUUAUUUGGUAUUUUAUUGGGUUUAUUUUACAUAAAAAGUUCAUUUUUUAUCAGAAGCAUUCGUAUUUUAGAUUAUCCGGCUUAUAUCGUUAUUAUAGAAACGACAGGUUGUGGUAGAGGGGGAUAUCAACAUUUUUAUAAUAGCGGUUGGAAACGCUCUGUCAAACGUUUUUCAAUAUUUUUAAAAACGUAAUUCUAAUAUUUUAUCGUUGCACAUUUGAUUACUAUCAUUAUCAACACACUUUCAUUAUAUUACACGGAUAUAUUAGCUAUUUAAGUAUUAAUAUUAUUUUGUAAUAUUCUUAUAGUAUUAAUAUGUGUAUGAAACAAGAAAUACUUUAAUAGAUUUUGUCUAUUAAUAAAUAUUAAAUUGUAAUUUAAUAUAAAUCGAUAAAAUACCUUUUUUUUUUUUUUUAAAUUUAGCUUGAAGUUUUAUUUAGCGCUUACUUAAUACAAAAUAUAAUCACACUCCACUGGGUUUAAAAGUUUAUUCUAAAAAAAUCUGUAUUAGGCUAAUGGGAACGGGUGCAGCCACUGUUGUAGGUGAGAAGUUGGGAAGGUAGAAUAUAGAGGGGACAUUUAUUUGUAUAUGUAAGCAACGAUUAACCUUUGCUUACAAAAAAACGAUUCUGAACGGAGUUCGGUUGAUAGUGAUUGUUGAAAAACAAUAUAUAUUUCAUAUUAUGAUAAAAUAAUUAAAUAGGCAUUAUAUAUUUUCUUUUAUAAUAUUUGUUUAAUAUUGUAUUGAUUUUCCCAUUUUUCCUACGGUUUUUCCAUGUUUUUUCCCGGGUUUUCACAUUUGUUGAAAAAACUCUUGGGAAAAUUGAAAAAUGACCUUAAAGUACCUUCCUUUCAAAAAAGGUGCUACACUUAGAAAUCGGAGCCAGAUCUCUGGUUAAAACAUUUUCUAAAGAAAAAAAAAAUAAGCAUCUUUGUAAAACCAUAAGCUUCUUCGCUCCACUCAGAAUCUAAAAAAAGGGUUUUUCUUUCGUAUUCUAAUACUACAUUUAUAAUUUAUUUUACACGAACAUAUUUUGUAUAGCGCGAUUAAUUAGUGUCAGUAUUAAAUAUUGAAAAUGCAGCUGUCAAUCUAAUGAUCGCCUUAUAAUAUUAUAUUACCUACACAUCCAUGAAAUACCUACCUAAAAUUUUAAAAAUUUGUAUAAAAUCAUGUGGGUAGCCAGGUAGGUAACUAAAUUGAUAAGUUAUCAUUUUAAUUGAUUUUAUUUCAUUUUUAUUCGAAUGUGUAGUCUAAAUGAUUGACUUUACAUUGUAAUCACUUGAAAACAUAUUUCUAAUAGUGGCAAUACCAUUAAAGUAUAAAACACCGUAUGUAAUAAUAAUAACCAAAUCCCAGAUAAGUGGGAAUUUCUAACGUAAGAUACAUUUGUUUUUUUAUUUUUUAAGUUUACUAUAAUAGGCUGAUACUUGAUACAAUUAUGUUAAGAGUGCACAAUACAAACCCACACACAACAGAAUUACCUAUUCUAAAAUAAAUACAGUUUAUAUUAAAAUAAACUAUAACUGUAUAAAUAACUAUUUAAAAUACACAAUUUACUCCAAACGUUAUUAAAUUAAAUUAAAUUUUCACAGUAGCCAAUUUCUAUGUUUAUUUUUUCAAUUUCAAAAAUUGUAACAUAUAAACGCAAACCUAUUUUAAAAUAUGAUGGAUAAAAAUUAAGUGCAAGUGUAUAUGAAUUACGAAUAUAUGAUUUAAAAAUUUAAAUAAUAAUUCUAAAAUAACAAAUUAAAUAAAUUCAAAAUGAGAUUAUAAAUAAUAAAAGUUUUUCGCCUUCCAAAAUGAUUAAUAAUACCUAUUUAAAGUAUUUACCACUUGGAUUCUGAAUACGAAUAAAAGGGUUUGAUGGCGAAACGAAAGUUUAUACAAAGUCGUUGGAUUCAAUGAAAGACAAGGUAAAUGUCUAAACUUAAAAAAAUACAAGUACAUUAAAACUAUUUAUUUUACAGCUUAUCAUUAUUCUACACAACUAUAAUUUUAUUUCUCCGAGUACCUAUAAUAAGUUAAUGUAAUAAAAAAUGUAUUUACCUUCUUUUAAGUUGUUUUAGUGCAUUCGUGCAGUUACAGUUCUUUUUAGAUGACAAAUUCUUAAAUGAAUGGGUUUUUUUAUAUUAUCAAUAAUACAUUUUUGUUUUUUCUCUGAAAAUAAUAACAGUUAUUUAUUUUGGUUUUAUUUGUGACUUUGAAGGUAGGUAUAUGUAAUUAUGUAUAAAGAAAAUCCCUUAUAAAUGCGAGAAUAAAUUUAGUUUAAAUAAAUAAACUAAAUUCAGCCAAAUAAAAUAUAAAAGAACUUAGAAAGGAGUUAAAACAGCAGUCAUAAAACGUACAGUCUUUUUUCUACGUUGAAUUUUCUAAACUAUUAACCGUAUUUAAUUCAAAUUAUUAAACUGCAUCUAAUAUUAUUCAAAUCGGUCCCCAAAAGCCCGAAUUAAAAUGUACUAAUAAAAUCGUAAGUUUUCUUUUUCUUUAAAUUAUUUAUUUUUCAUAAAAUUUUAUUAUACCCAAUUUAAAUAUUAUUUUUAAAGUCAUUAACUAAGUAUUAUACAAAUUAGAUGGUGAAUAGUACGGUGAGUAGUUCACCCGUCGUCCGUCACACCAACAGUACUUAUACCAUCGCCUCUUAUUUACAAUAUAUAAUUUAUUAAUAAAAAUCAACAUGAUUUAAAUUCUCUAAUAUUAUCUAUAUUAUAUUUUUAUUAAUUUAUUCGAUAAUUUCCCUCUUAAAUACUUUGAUCUACGCAUAUUAUAUCACCGAUAAAUAAGUUUUACAGUAAUAAAUCGAACGCCACUCAAAAAUUUCUACUCUAAAGUCGAAUAAUAAAUUAUAACUGCUUUAAAUUAAUUUACAAGUAUAAAAUUCAGCACUGACAUUCAUCCGGAUAAAAACAACAAUACAACACAAAAAUACCCCGAUUGAACCUUUGUUUCUGUUGUACCUUUUUUUUUUAAAUAUUAAUUGAUGUGACGACGGUUUUUUAAGUUUCAUCGAAUUGCAGAAUGGGUUUGCGUAAAAAUGCAAAAAAGAAUAGGUAGGUGAGAAAACUACCUAACAUAACAAUGUAUGAGAAAUUUCUAAUGCAAAACGAACAAUGACUCGAAUAAGUCUAAAGAAUAGAAAAUAUUAAUGUUUACGGACUUUAUUAUUGUAUAUAAAACGUGGUUUUAAAUUCUAACUUUUAAAAGUCCCUAACGUAAAAAAAACGGUUUUUAAGUAUAUUCACCGUAGUUCCGGUCCGAAAACGUUUGAACAUCUCUAAAGGGCGUGGUUUAUGUUUUCAAGUGCUAGCGAACACUUUUUUAUUCUGUUUCAAAUUUAAUUCGAAAAAAGAAAUAAUACAAAGUACUAAUGUAAUAAUGCAUACCCAGUACUAAAUUUAAAAUUAUUUAUUUUUCGCGCCUAUGCUUUGGUAUAAAACUCAAUAUUUCUUUCGCUCUGUUAUUACAAUUAAUUUUAAGUAGGUCCAUCGACUUCUGAAUAGAACCUGUUCUACUUUGUAUAAUAUUACGGAAAUCAUUAUUGAUAGUCCAGAACGAGUCCGCAAAUCGUAAUUUUGAUCUUUGAUCGUAUUUAUUAUCCGAACGACUAUUUUUUCUUAUGUAUAUACCAAUGCAUACGAUCAAACAUUACUGAUGUGAACGAAUCUGGUUUCAAUGGAAAUAGCGAACGUUCCGUCCUUCGUUUUCCCCGGCACGCCAACACCUUGCCACUUUACACACGUCUGGCAAAAUAAACGAUAAACAGAUAUACUACAUCAAAAAGGUAAUACGAGUACACAAUAUACAUUAUACAUUCACGCUGAGUAUUGCAUACCUUAUCUUACCCUACCUAACGUGAUAACUUGUGUGGCACAGCUGAUGUCACUGUUUGUUAUAUGUAGAUGAUUCUGUAAAAUCUGUGUACAUUUUGACAUAGAUACCUACACGUUAUUAUGCGUACGAAUAUAAUAUAGAGACCUACAAAAAAAUAUAAAACCACAUUAAAUAUUUAGCCCGAAAGAAUAGGAAAAGAUAUUAUCGUCUAAAAAUGGGUAAUGUGCAAUUUAUCACCAUUUAUUACUCCUUUGACCUAAUUUUUUAGCAAUUAAUUUUGUUCUAUAACUCAUAAAACGGUUUGUUGGCAAAUUUUGUAAUACGACUGUUUGUCGGUCGUCCUGCGCAUGCGAACUGAAAGGACAGUAUACAAGGCACACACACGUAUAAGAGUAGACUCACAUAAAAAACAUAAUAUUAUUUAUAAAUAAAUAAUUUAUACGUAGAAAAAUAAAUAAAUGCAUCGCCUGGAGUAUUAAGUUUUUAGGUUUUAGAAGUUUCUAGAAACUUCACAAAAAUUCCCCUUUCUUUUGAAAAUGCUAGUAUAUAUAAACUUAAAUGUAACUGUAAUAAAUUUUAUAAAGGUAAGACAAUUAGAAAUUUUAAAAUAAUAUAUAAAGAACACAUUUCUGAAAUAAAAUUAAAAAAUACUGCCCCUAAUUCAAAUUUCGCUAAACAUAUUUUAGAAAGUAACCAUAAUAUAAGUUUUGAUAUCAAUACACACUUAAAAAUAUUAACUACCCAAAAUAACAUUUACAUUAAUUCAGUUUUAGAAGAAUAACACAAUAAAAUAAAGAAAAAUAAUUUUAAUAAUAUUUUAAAUGUACAAACCAAUUUUAAAAAUAAUAUCUUAUACCAAUACAUUUUAGAUAAUAAAUAAUAACUAAAUAAUUUAUAUUUUUUAACAUAUCUAUGUCUAAUAAUAAUUAAUAUUAAAUAAUCUAUCUUAUUAAGAAAAUUUAUUUCUAUGUAAAAUGACCAAUUUGUAUAAUUUUUCUUCUAUGUAUUCCUUCAUUUAUUUUUUCAUAUUCAGCAGAGCGUUUUACUUUUUGACUUUGUGAUUUGCCUGAUGAUGGAUUUUUAAUUCGAAUCCGGUUCUACAAUACACUAAUUUUAAUAGUCCAGGCGACGCAUUAAUUAAUUAAUUAAUAUUAUUUCUACAUAUAAAUUAUUUAUUUAUAUAUUUAUUUACAAAUAUUAACCAUUUAAAAAUUUUGAUUUUACUUUAUUAUUUUAUUGUAUAUAAUAUAAAAUAUUUGUAUUUUUUUUUAGAUACGUUUUUUUAUAAUUUAUAUAAGCUUUGUUAACUUUGUAACUCAUGAGUCUUACAAGUGGUGAAUUAAAUUACAAAAGGAAGGGAUUUUAAUAUACAUGAAGAGACAAACAUUUAUAUAUAUAUACUAUUAGAAACAAAAAAUGAGAGCUGUUAUAACCUAUAAUUAAUUAGUAUUUGUUGGUUAUAGGCUUCAACUAUCAGUAAUUUAUUUUAAAAUUUAAAAGUAAAGUUAAACUAAAGGGAACUGACAAUUCCACCUUAAUAAGAAGGAGGAAUCCGUCUCCCUUCAUUUCUCCUCUUUGAUCACUAUCAUUGUGGAUGAGAAGUUGGAAGCUAGAAUAAAUUAAGUUAUUUAUGUGCGUAAUGAUAAAUUAUUGUUAAUGAAAUACGAUUCUAAGCGAAGUUUGAACAAAUGUAUUUUGAAUGCUGUAAUUUUAUGAUAUUCGUCAAAAUUUAAAUUCAAAACUCUUAAAUAAAAAAAGUCUUUUCCACAUAAGACCAAGUUAAAACUAAAAAAAAAAGUCAAAUGCCAAUAAACCAGAAUGUUUCGAUGAUUUUACCACACCUAUAAAAGGCGAAUUAUAAGUAUUUUGUGAACGGUCCAGGUGUUUCUGAUUAUUUUUAACCGAAUUACAACAAACAAACGGACUGGAUGAAAUAAUGCUCUAUUUCUCUCUCGUGUUGCAUUAUUAUGACGUUAUAUGAUUCCGGUUCACAAUGAUAACGGCUUUAUAUUGUUCCGAGGCAAUUUACGACGAUAAUAUACGAGCUUUUUAAACGACAACAGCACUUGAGUAUCCACACACACAUGUAGCCACGUGUGCACGUGUGUUUUUGUGUACGCACUCAUAUAUACAAUAUAACGCACGAACACACUAAAACUCGCCCUCGGGCCCGUGGUCAAAAGUUACCAGCUAAGGUAAUAACGGCAUAUAACUGUUGCCAAACUGUCGCCGGGAUCCCUCCGUUCGCCAUCAUUUCACAUUAUACCUUUAAGUUAUCGGGAAGUAAGUUUUCCUCCACGACCUAUUACAAUGUAGAGGUUCCGUUGAAAACUUUCCGACGACAACGACGACGACGACGAUGCGACGGUGGCGACAACGCUCGGCGACGGUAGUUAAUCUUCGUGUUUGAGACAAAACAAAAGUCCGAGAUUUCGGUCCCGUAAACAUAACGCGGUCGGUGAAAAAUAUUUGCCUACACGAUUUACGGAAAUAAAUAAAAAGAUUCGAAGCCUUGGCAUAAAAUUAUUAAUGGGAUGCAAUGUUUUUUAAAAAUCCCGGCCAUAAUUUAUAAAGGCCUAUCCACACUGUGGUUUUUCGCUGCAUGGGGCGAACAAUUUUAUUUCGAUGAUUUCACGGCGAAACACACAUGUUUAAAUAAUAUGUAGCGUGCAACACACAAUUGUUUCACUAUAUGCCUGAGACCAUAUCUGUCUAUAAUCCCACCUCAUCUCCGCUAAUACUACUGUCGUGGUCAAUGGAAAUUUCGUCCUGGCUAUCAUUUUAUAUAGUUAAAUACUAAAAUUAUCUCAAUUUCGAUAUAAGUAUAAGUUCAAAAUAAAUCUAUUCAAAAUCUAUUUAAAAAUAUAUCGAUGUAAUGAUUAUGUUAUACUCUUCUCUAUCACGAGUAGGAUGUACAGAUUAUUAUUGUUAUAAUCACCAGUUGCGGGACGAAGAAAAUCGUUAAAUAUUUAUCAUAAAAAAAAAUCCGACUAAGAUUAUACUUAGCUCGUGGAUUGUAUAGAUUAUAGUUGACCUACUAAUUUCAAAUGCAUUUAAAAUGUGCAACUAAUUUAUUUUUGUGUUUUUUUCAUGAAUAAAAUAAAAAUUAUUAUGAAUAGGUACCUAACUUACCUACAGUAACUUUUUGCACUUGUAUUUUAGUUGUUAUAUUGUGAUAAAAUUCUAUUACAAAAAAAUGAAUAAAGCUUAUAUACUUUUACUAAGGUAAUUAAAAUUAGAAUGGUAUUAUUAAAAUAUAGGUACUUACACUAAAGCCGGCUUAAGAUUAUAGACUAGGUGGUUAACUAAAAUGACAUUAUUAAUUAUAUCUAAAUAUGUAUGAUUAAAACUUGUAAAAUACAGCCUUACAUAUAUUAUCAGUAUAAAAAGUUACUAAAAUCAUAUCCAAUUUGUAGAGACUAUGAAGAAAUGAGAGUAAGAAAAACCCUUCUUGUAAAAUCAAUAUUAUAAAAAAUAAUACCAGAAAAUCCAUUUAGGUGGAUACACUCGUUAUCUCGGAAAGUAUUAAAUUGUUUGGAAUUUGUUUUCUAGAACAUGUAAGAAACAAGCAGCUCUACAAUUUUAUGUCAAUGUUAUUUUUUGUCACCCUUAUUUUUGGGGGUAAAAUCACUACCUACUUUUAAUUUUCAAAUGGCAACCUACAUUAAAAUUCUAUAAAUAUAUGGAGGUUAGAUUAAAAUACAUUUUAACAUUGAAAUUUUUGAUUUAUGUCAAGCCAUUAACGAGAUAUUUCACUUUUAAGUUUAGGUUGAAGGAGAGCAGUGCAUUAUUAACACGUCGCGUACCGUACCGUCACACAAAUGAUACUCCACUACUCUCCUCCAAUCCAAACUUAAAAGUGGUAUAUCCCGUCAACGAAUAGACGGAAAUCAAAAAUGUAAACACUAAAAUUUAUUUUAACAAAUACUCCAUCUAUUUAUGGACUUUUUAAUAUAGGUUGUCAUUUUAAAAUCAAAGGAGGUAAUGGUUUCACUCCAAAAAAUAACAUUAAUAUACAAUUUUAAAGCUAUUUGUUUCUUAAAUGUUAUAGAAAACAAAUUUUGGAAAAAGUUAAUACUUUCCAAUGUUCCAACUCGUUCAAUGUUCAACAAAUUUGAAAAGAUUUCACUAUUAUAUUACAGUAGAAUAUUUAUUCAGGUAUAUUUUAAGAUAACAUCAGCAUCAAGUAAUUCUUAAUGAAUUAAAUAUUAGGUGCAAGCUAAAAAUUAUCACAAGUUUAAUGGAUACAUAAAAUGUUUGAAGAUACCUACAGUAAGUGUAAUUCAAAUUCAAUUGAAGUUAUUUACUAAUAAUUUAUGAUUACUGUAAAUACAAGUGUACUGACUGAUUAUUUUUAAAAUCCAAAUGUUAAAUAUUAUAUGUUAUAUUUUAUCAUAUUCAAUUUUAAAGUAAAAUACAAUCCUAUAGUAAUUAAAAUAUUGUAAACCCAAUAAUAUAUUACAUUCCGGCUAUUUUACGGUCCGGAAUUUCUUUUUCCAGAUUAAUACAGUGCGGAGAUUUUUUCACCGAAAUUUUAUAAGCGUCUACGCUCAUUACUAACCUAACAUAACCAUGCAUUUGUAGACAUUUCUGCAGAACCAAAAUUCGUUUAAAACUUAGUGUAUUACCAUAUUUAAAAUUUAUAUUCAAAGCCAUAUUAUUACAGAACAGUAAGUAUAUCUCAAUCCAUUAAUGACAACCUUAGGUUUUAAAUUAUGAAUAUAGUUUCGUAAUUAAGGUACCUGCAUGCAAUUAACAAACUAAAAUCGUGAGUGAAAAUAUUCAAACUUUAAACAAAAUACUGCUAUAAAACUCUUUUGCACGAGUCAGACGGCGUGCCCCAUCCCCGAAUACGACCCUGACGUUCUAAUUGGUUACUAUUAUUCUUAAAACAUAAUCGCACUACUUAUAAUUUAUAUUAUCUCAUACCAUUAUUAUCAUAAUCAACAUUUGAUUAAUUCGUUUACAAAAUAUUAUUACAAUCGAUGGAAUAAUAUUGCAAUUUUAAACAUCGAUUGUGGAAGAACUAUAAUGAAAAUGUGGUUUUUCGAGUUUAUAUGAUAAUAAAACUAUUAUUAUUAGUAGGUAUUUUAAAUAACGAAAAUGAAGUUGAUUCGUACAAAGGCAACUACAUAAUAUACUACAGUUUAAAGGAUUCAAAAAUUAAAAUUUUACAAAAUAGUAGUACACUGAAUUUAGUAGAGAUAAUUAGGUACCUCCUAUUUGUUUGACUAUAAUUUGUACAGAAUAUAUUGUUCUAGAUACAUUUGUAUUAUAUUUUAUACAUUUACAUGAAUUAAUCCAAUUUCGAUUAUGAUAAGAAUUUUAUGCAAUAAUAUGAUGAGCACAAUUCUUUAUAUCUGUAUUAAUAAUGAAUCAUUAUUAAUGUUAAAUAAUGAAAACGUUGCAUUCGACUUCGGCACUACAGUGUCUAGCAAUUUGGAUAGGUGUAUCUAAAAUUAUAUGUAGGUAUAUGGAAAUUAUCGGCACGAAAAUUAAAUGACAAAAAUGUUAACUUACAUCAUGAAUACGUGCGUUUAAGUGCACCUCUCAUCAAUUAGAUUUAACUUAGUGUAUAUUUAAUUUACACAAAAUUUGUAAUCGUAUAAUGUAAACGCAUUUUUAAUUCGUAUUUACUUAAUAUAGUUCUACAUUAUAUAGUUAUUGCAUUUGUCAAAUUGAAUUAUAUCUAACUUCGGAGAUGAAAAUAUAAACUGAACAUCCACACCUUAACUCGCAUUUACUAAAUAUGUAGAUAACAUAUAUCUAAUAUCUAACUAACCUUGAGUUAAUCAUAAUUAAUGAAUCCCCAAAUAAAUACACAAUAUUAUAUAAAAUAAAACAAAUGUACAUACACUUUUAAAUUUAAAUGCAACUUCGACGCGUAUUUCGUUUGUAUAUAGAAUUAUAUUUUUUUCACAAUAAAAUCGUUUUAUCGUAUAAAAUUUAAUAAUUUAAAUAGUAACUAACUGAAAUACGUUCAGCUCCAUCGUUUCCUAAAAUUAACCCAAAUAAAUAAGAACACAAUUAUGAUAUUCGAUCUAAUAAAGAGACCAAAGUUAUUUUAACUAAACUGAACCUUAUUUCCUAUACUGGCCUAUAUGUUUCCAAUGCUAUAUUAAUAUGGUAUAACAAUAUAAUAAUCCCUUAAUAAAUUCAAACAAACAAAUUAUUCGCAUAAAAUUAGAAAUAAAAAAAAAUCAAGUUACUCAUAAAAUAUUACCGUUAUUGUCACGCAGUAAAACAAAUAUAAAACAACCUGUAAUUUUAUUACGUACAAGAUGCGUCUCCGGCUUUGUCCGUGUGAUAAAAAAAAAAUUUUAAAUAAAGUUAAUACAUAUAAAUUAUCAUUAUAUACUAUUACCAUAUAUACCUUCACAGCACAGAGAUUGCAUUACAAAAAUUAAUAAUAAUUUUUUUUUCUCAUCCGUGCUACCAAAGUAACUCAUAAAUCAACAAAAAUAAUUAGUUUUUUAUAUUAAAAAUACCUAAAAACUGAAUUUUGGGGAAUGUUAUUCAAUAGGAGGUGGAUUUCAAGAGCUAUAAACCUUCUUCGGAGAACAUGGAAUAACUUCCUAGAGUUUCACGGCGAUAGGAUAAAUGGUAUAGUAAUGCAUAAAGAACAAAAAGAAACAAAUAUAACUAACAUAGAACGUAACGUAUAGUAGAUAAUGAAAAAAAAAGUUUUUAAAUUUUUUCGAGAUAUUUAUAAAAAAUAUAUUUAUAUUUUUUAUUAUAAUUGAUACGUCAAAAUGGUAAUUAAAAACUAUAGGUAUUUUGAAUUCGCCGGAAACAAUCAUAAACGGGUAGUUCCAAUAAAUUGUGCAUUUUAAUUCAACUGUGAAUAUGUCAUCAUAAUUCCUAAAUUAUUAUAUUUUAGGAAAUUAUACAUUUACUGUAAGGUGCGGUUUAUCGCAUACGUUUGACCAGAUCUGCCGGCCAUAGUAAUAUUAUGAAUUAUUAUUUUGUUACAUUAUUUACACAUAUGUCGGACCUCUGAUGCCGCCCGUUCCGGCAGACUUACUUUAGGUAUAUCGUAUACCAUUAAUAUUAUGUUGCGUGCCGAUUUUAGUAACACGAAACAAUUAAUUUCAUUAGAAAUUUGGUUUAUAGUUCAAGAGUAGAUAAUUUUAUUACAAUUUACUGAAAUCCAACUCAAUAUAACUAGAAAUUGCGUUUAAGUCCCACAUUAAUGCGAGUGGUGUUUACGUCCAGCGUGUAGGUGACUGCUUAGGGUGACCGCAAACUGGAAAAGCAAAAUUUACUGAAGGCAUCUGUGGGUCUUGUUUUAGUUAUUUUGCUAUUAGUCAUAAUAAAGCAUUAUGAUCGCGCAUUAGGUAAUCAAAUCAAAGUCAGCCAAACCAAAUAAAAAAAUAUCAUUGAAAAAUAGCGAUUCUAUUAUUAUAUUAAAUAAUGUCAUAGCUACAAAUAUCUUGUAAAAUAAAAACGACAUUUUUAUACAAAAAAUCUUAAAAGUUAUAUAUUAUCAGUAAAUUAACGGAAAAAUGUGAUAAAUACGGGACAAACUUGAAAUAACGGGACAAAAUGUGUUUUUGAAAUGCGACUUUUGUCGAGACGAUGAGUCACUAAGUUGAAAUAUGGGGCUAUAGUAUGGUCACCCUACCAUAUAGACAUAUAAAGUUUAUUUUCUAGCUAGAAAGAAGCGCAGUAUACCUAUUUAAGGUUUAUAAUAAACUAAUAACGCAGACAUCAACAACCAAAAAAAUCCAUUCAAUUCGUGAUAAUGUACACGCAUAGAUGUUAUCUCAUAUUUUAGACAGUCUAACAUAAAUAAAUAAUUUUUAUCAUAGUUUUGAUAAAGGUAAUCAUCUAGCGACUACCUGAUUAUUAUUGUAUUGAAAUAAAGCAAUAGUAUUAGCCCAAACUGAUGACGAAAGUGUUUUAUUUUGACUACACUUUAUCAGUAUGCAUGUUUUCCAUAAAAUAUAAAUGUUUUAUUUUUCAUGAGUCUCAAUAUAAAGCGAUUUUAGUCGCUUUAAAGCAGUUUUGCUUUAGCUACGGUCACCCUAGGUUAGACACGUCUACCGAAGGCCGGUUCCAGGUCGCCUUUUACAUGGCUUGUCCAUGGCGCACAUGAUCGACUGACUUUGAGUGACUUUAUAAUUUAUCGGAUUUACCUAGAAUUAGGUUUAUCAUCCGGGUCAUCAUCGCGUGAUCAUCCACGCGUGCACUUUUUUAAUAAUGCUUACGCCCGCGUUUAUCGACGCUAUUAUAAUUCCAUAAUAUUAUAUAAAAUUAUAUUAAUAAUAUCGAUUUAUAAUGUUACUAUCGGUAGGUAUCCGGCACCUAUAAGUACACGUGUAAAAUACAUGUGUAGGUACUGUAGGUAUAUCAUAGGUAAGAAUAUGCACCGCACGUGACAACAAAAUAUAAGGACUAUACACAAGGCCGUAUUAGCACAUAGGCACUAUGGACACUGUCCCUAGGGCCUGCGAAAAUGUGUGACUACGAUUUCUUUAUAGUAUUUUAUAUAUUUUAGAUUUUGAGUGGAGCGAAGAAUGUAUUGAUCUUACAAAGAUGUUUAUUAUUUUAAUUUUAUUUUGUUAUUAAAAUUAACUAGGGUCGUUCAAGGUAAAUAUACUUCGAGUUGCCACUGGUGAGGAGUCAUAAAGAAAUAUGCAAAGUGGUAUAAAAGAAGUUAUUUUUUUUUUUUGGUUUUUGACAAUUUAAUUCUUUAUAUUUUAGAGUAAAAUUAAUUGUUUUUUAAAAUUUGUUAAAAUUAUUAUUGUAUAAAAAGUUAAAAGAGUUAGCUAUAGGCAGCCUAGGGCCUACAUCAAAAAUGCUGAUACCUUUUUUUUUAUUAAAAUCUAACAAUUUACUGUUAACCUUUUCUUUGCUUAUUAGUGCCUAUAAUGCCUACAAUGGUAUUAAUCCGGGCUUAACUAUGCAAUCCAACUAAAUCAUGACAUUUCCGCAUUAUAAUAGUAAAUCGAGGAAAACAUUAUCCAUGACAAAACGUUGUUUUUUUUUUAAAAAACUUGACUUUAUUUUAUUUUAUAAGCAUUUCAACCCAUCAAACACAUCAUUUAACAUAUCGAAUCAUGAAAGUUUAAAAUUUAGUAACUUCUUUCAUCGAAAAUUUAGAAAUACUUGAAAUAAAUUAAGUAACCUAAAUUCCAUUAAUGUAAAAUUGUGAUGACUUUAAAUUAAAGGCAUUUACUUAAUAAAAUUGACAUGCAAUAACUAAACAUUUUCAAAAGAAAUUCGGUAUCCAUAAUUUUAAAGCAAAAAUGGCAACAAUAAGCCAUUACUAUUGAAAUUGCAAUGAAAAAAAUCAUUACUAUUGACAUUUUCUCCCUUUGUCGUAAUCUAAAUCUAAAAUUAUUUGUUUGAUUGUUUUAGGUAAUGUUCGGGAUCAUACGAAGGUAUGCCUCAUGGUUGCCCGUGGAUACUACCACUAUUUAGAUGGGCCUUAUUGUCUGGUUGCAUGGCCAGACCGUUGAGUUCCGAUACCAAAACGACCGAGGUUUUCGCACGUAACAUGACAGAAGGUAAAGAAAAAAAAAGUUUUGUUUAAAAAUAGCAUAAAUACAUUUUUUAUACGUCUACUUAUGGAAAAUGGCAGUUUUUAUACUCAAAUAGACAUUAUAGGAUAGUUAAUCCAGGAAUGCCACAAUAAACUAAUGAAAAUGUACAAUUCACAUAUUUUAAUGAAAAAUGUAAAUAGAAAUGUUUUUCAAAAUUCAAUUAUUUUUGUCUUUUUUAUUUCGAUCACAAAUGAUAUAAUUGUUUUGUAUUGACUAUUUUCAAUAAUUUAAAACACAAGCAACUCUAUUACAUACAAUACCAUUAUUUUUGUGACCCAUAUUUUUGGAGUAAAAUGGCUACUUUAUUCUUCUUCUUCGCUUUUAUUCCAACUAUGUGGGGUCGGCCAAAAACUUUCAGUUGACCACCAUAUUUUCCACCUCAUUCACUCCAACUGUUCUCAUAUGAUUCUUAAUCACACCCAACCACUUUUUUUCGAUCUUUUUCUCCCCUUUUUUCAUUCUACGUUUAUUUUCAUUACAACUCUGAAUGCUUCAGAUUCCUCUCUCCUUGUGACAUGCUCAAACCAUCUCAGUGAAUUUUCUCUAACUUUUUCCACUAUCGAAACCACGUCUAAACUAUCUUCUGUGUACUCAUCCUUUAUCGUAUAUUCUCUCGUCACUCCACUCAACCACCUAAGCAUUCUCAUCUCUACUACAUUCAUUCUCUGUUCUAUGUUUCUGUUUAUCGCACAACACUUUGAACCCCACAACAUAGUCAGCCUCACCACAAUUUUGUUGAACUUAACUUAAAUUUGAAAUCUCAUUGGAAUUCCAUGAGACUUCAAAGAGAAACUCCUUUUCUUAAUCUUAUGUUUCAUAUUCUCCUGAUAGCCACCGUUCUUUUGUUCAAAAAAUCCAAGUGAGUGAGGUGAUCACUAUUAAGUGACCUUUUUUUGUUGACCAAAUUGUAUUUUAAGACAUAAUUAACGGACAUUUAAUUAUUAAAAAUUGCUUAUAAAAACACUAAAUAUGUAUUAAAAUAUUUGCAAAUCGGUAAUAUGUCCUGUGCAAUUUAAUUAUUAUUGCUAACCGUGGACUAUAACAAAGUCUAUACAAAUAAUAGUGUUUGGACAAAAUAUUUAUACAAUAUGAUGGUCCAUAUCCAUUGAUAAAAUAUCUAAUGACCACUCUCUGAUUAUCGGCUCACUAGACCAUAUCAUUACGCUCAUGAAGUUAGCCCCCCCCCCAAUCAUGACAGAAUUCUUCCAAAUAAAUUGUUAAUUAUAGUCCUUUAAUUGCUAAUAAAUGUAUGUUCUAUCAUGGAAUUUGUAAGCUGACCGUAUAUCCAUGAGGAAUUUUUAUUCCUUUUGGUAGAACCGAUUGUGUCGUAUAAUUGUAUGCGCUGUACUGUAGUAAACAAAAAUAUAGAACAGAGAAUAAGUGUAUCAAAGAUGAAAAUGCUUAAGUGGAUGAGUGGAGUGACGAGAGAAGAUAGAAUAAGGAAUGAGUACUUAAGGGGUAGCUUAAGUGUGACUUCAGUAGUAGACAUAAUUAGAGAAAAUACUCCAAAAUAGUUUGGACAUGUCAAACUGUUUUCGAGAGGGGAAAAAAAUCUGCAGUAAGAGUUAUAAUGAAAAUAAACAUAGAAUGAAAGAGGGGGGGAGGAAGACCAAAAAAUAGUGGUUGCGUGUGAUAAAAAAAUGAUAUGAGCACAACCGGGUGCAUACUAGUCGCCUCCCGAGAUUAAAAAGUCGAUAAUUUUAAUAUGAAUUGCCUCUCGCGUUUAUACGAGUCGUCUUCAACGUACCCUAAACUUUAUCAUAAACGAAAAAGGUCUACUACUAAUUUCCUCCCAAUAAGCGGGUAUCGCAUGUAUAAAUGGUUCAUAAACGAUUCAAAAAUGUUCAAACAGUGUGCAUAAAUUUAUAAAUUUGUUUAAAUCUUUUAUCACGAAAUAAUAUUAUGUUGGUUGUUACAUAUUAAUAACCUAUUAGCCAGCAUUAGAUUUUGGAUUUAUACGUUUAAAGUCGCAAUCUGUAACUUUUGUGCGUUGAUAAGAUUGUACGACUAUUAUUAAACAUUACAUCUUUUAUGUAAUGAUUAUUGACAUUAGCUAAGCUUCAACGCUCGUCGUACGAUUUUAUUUUUACAAGUAGUUAUUAAGUGAUUUUAAAUUUUCUAAUAUUUUUAGAAUGGAUCAAAUUGAAAUGCAGGAAAUGAUCAGUGAAAAGAGCAAACGUGUUAAAAUAAUUAAUAGCUUUAAAUUUAGUUUUCAAAAUAAGUUAGCCUACCAUAAAGAAUUGUGGAAUUGCACGACAAAAAUAUGCAAAACUUUUUUUAAAAGUAGAUGAUAGUUAUUAAGUCAUAUUGAACGAAAAUAAUUUGAAUCAUAAUAGACAUUAUCUGAACAAGUACAUGUACAUGAUUUUUUUAUUGGCCAAAUAUAUUAUUAUUUUUUAAUAAAAUUAUAAAUAUUAUAUUAAAUUCAGUUAAGUUUAUAAACCACAACUUUAUUCAUUAUUGGAGGUAACUAGUGCGAACAUUUUUGGGAGGCGACUCGUAUAUAAUUAUGAACUACCUAAUCGUCGGAGGCAACUAGUGUAUAUUAAUCUUUUUAUUUACGAAAAUGAUGAGAGUUAACUCGUACAUUUUGGGAAGCAACUCGUAUGCACAGGCACAGCCGAUGCAUACAAGGUGGGAGAUCAGGUAAAGUGGAAAUUAAAGACAAAGGAGACUGACCUCAAAUAGUUGGAAUGAAGAUGAAGGAAAAGAAGAAGAUUGUAUUUAGGUUUGAAAUAGUGGAUUUAUAAAUGCAUUAAAUUUACUAUGAAUAUUUUGGUUAAUGAUUGUUUUAAUAAUGUUUACAGAAAAUUUAACUUGUUACACUUGCAUAAACGUGUCAGACAAUUUAACAUGUAAUCAAUAUGCCAUAGACAGACCAUGUGCUCGAGGUAUAUGUAUAUUAAUUUAAAUCAUUAAUAUAAUUGUUUAUAAUUCAUAUAUCCACAGACCUAGACUACUGCCAGACGUUACACAUAAUGGAUUCGACAGGAUCCAGUGUAGUAGUGAACAAAAAAUGUGCUAAUCGAACGGAAUGCCAUCCGUCCACUGUUGGAUGUUUAAGCAUUGACAGACAGACGGUGAGGAAUAUUACUAAACUAUUAAAUUAAACUAAAUUAUUAGCCAUUGGGUCUGAUGACAUGUACGUAUACUUAAACAUUUCAAAAUUUAUUUAUUCGUAUUGUGCUUGAAGCACAAACAAAAUUUUUUAAAAAUAUACAUUAAACCUACUCGUAUGUUCAUUAUUUAGAAAAAAAAUAUAGAAGGUUAGCUUUACAUAAAAGGGAGUUCUGGAACCCCAGCCCUAAGCCAGAUCCUGAGCCUAAGCCUCAUAGACGCAAAUAAUGUUUGAGAAUCGGGAGGGGGUGGGCUGAAGCCCUAGCUACUCAAUGAAGCAAUUGUGGAAGUAAUAAACAUUUAAAUAAAAUUGCAGAAGAGGCAAUUUCCCCCCCCCCCUUGUCAUUAGCGGCCGUUGUCAGACCGAGUAUGGGCUAAUGACGGGUUAGUUUUGGGCUGCAAGCCCACAAACAUCAUUCAUGUCAUUAUGUUUUAUGAUUGUAUUAGACAUUUUAUAGUAUAAGAUUUAUACUCCAUACAAUAGGAAAAUAGGCAAAAAUAGGACGAAAAUUGGGGUAAAAUUCCACUCAAACUAUAAAUCUUCAUAUAUUAGCUAAUAGGUAAUAUAUUUAGAUAUUCCUCUACAUAAUAAAUAUGUAUUAUUUAGCCAUUGUUGUCCCUCAAAAAAAAAUUACUUAUUUAAGUUAUUUAUGCGUAUAAGUAUUUUAACGACAGUAUCUUUAAUAUUAUCAAUAAAUGCACAGCCCACUCUACACUCUACUGCGGUGAAACCCAUUAUUGAGGCACGCAACCUAUUUAUAGUACCUAUGUUAUAUUAUAUGAGCAACAAAGUACAAUAUACAAUAUUACAAUAAUAUUAUAAUUUAUAAAUAACAUCAUUAUACAAAAACAAAUGCACAGAAUGACUAUUGUUUUCAAUUUCAAUUUUCAUCAAUCAAUUUUCACAAAUGUAAAAUUAUUGGUUAUAACAAACAAAUGUUUUUACAAAUCUUCAUAAACUAUUGAAACGUUCAAUAAGAAGAAAAAAACUUGGACCUUCCCAGUUUUAUUAAGAAGGCUAUUCAAAUUUUUUAGGAACUUAACUCCUGAAGCCCCCCCUUAUUUGUCAACAGUUUUUAUGAUAAUCACAAGGACAUUAAAAAAAUAGCAUAUCUGUACACAAUUUUCUUUCAGAUUAGAUUAUAAUAUUAUAUUACAUUAUCAUUCGUUUUAGUCAUCCUUAUAUCGUCGAGAUAACAAAAAAAUAAAAAAUUGUGUUCAUUGCCUAUCACAAAAAAAGUCCUGAAUGAUAGUAAAAAUGUAGAUUUGAUACACAUCUAUAGAUUUCGCAUAAAAUGUUUAUGAUUUAUGUAACAAAAUUAUUUAUUUAUUAAUCCAUGUAAAUUAAAUAUUUUAUUUCUUAUUUCUAACAAAUAUAUAUAAAUUAAGAUUUAUCUAGAUGAUUCGAUUAUUUAUCUUAGAUAAUGACUCAGACAACUCAGUUUUUGAUAAUCUAGAUACGUACGAUAAAAACAACAAAUAAAAAUAGGAAAAAAAAAUACGUCCUAGUUUAAUGGGGGCGGGUGCAGCCACUUUUUAAGGUAAUUUAAUGUAUACCAGUAAGUAACGAUAAACCAUUGCUAACGAAAAAACGAUCCUGAGCGAAGUUCAGUUGAUAGUGAUGCUUUGUCAACAAUAUAUAUAUAUAUGUCAUUUUGUAGUAAAACCAUUAAAUAGGCUUUAUAUAUUUUCUUAGAUAAUAUUUUUUUAAUAUUGUACCGAUUUUCUAGUUUUUCCCGGCUUCCUCGUGUUUUUUCCCGGUUUUUCACAUUUGAUGAAAAACUCUUGAUAAAAUCGAAAAAUGAUCUUAAAGUACCUCCCUACACUGAUUUCUUUUCAGAAAAGGUGCUACGCUUAAAAAUCGGUGCAAGAUCUCUGGUAAAAAAGUUGUCCUCAAAAAAAAAAAAAAAAUUAUAGUUUAUAAUAUAAACAUUGAUGUAAAACCAUAAACUUCUUCGCUCCACUCAGAAUCUAAUAUACCUAUCCCUAUCUAGAUAAAACACAGCACCGUAUAAAAUACUAUAUAGGUAAGUAGUUUGUAAAUUUUCAAAUAUAUUUUUAUCAUCGAGAAAGAAAAACGAAUACACCUAUAGAGAUGGUCGUGCGUUGACAAGACUGUAUACACGGUCUGGACUUGGUGUGGGUGGCGUGAUGAAUAGAAACAGAGGAAAUGAAAAAACUGAGUGUGAUGCAUGUGAUUUAAAUGGACAAAAAUAAUAAUAAAUCGAUGUAAUGUCAAGAGAUAAAAUAAAAUAGAAAGGUAAGAUAUUGUGGAUAGGAUGGGAUUUAUGCAUCAGAAAUUUUGAUGGCUGGAAGAAAAACAAACAACUCCAUUGUGAUUUUUGUCCAUUGUUCGUUUUAAUCCAUCACUAUACCCUUCUUAAGGUCCACUAUCAGAUUCAUUUCUAGUAUACUAUUGCUAUUUACCUAAUGCAAUUCGACUAAAAAAACUUUUAUAAAUUAGUUGCCUUCUAUAUUUGUGACUUGUCCCUCUAUAAUAAACGUAUUAAAAUACUAUAAUGCGAACCGACAAAACUGUUAUUAAAACAGUUUUGUUUUUCUUUUAAAAACCUACAAUAUUGUAAAAGCUCCGCUAUUAAAAUGUUGACGACUACUCCAUUAGCAUUUAAAAACUUAUAGUUAACAAAAUAAAAAAAUAUAUUGUUUAUUUUUUUACGAUUUUCUCAAAAAACAAUUAGGUAUAAUAUUGUUCAACGAGUUUAAUUAGAAAAUUCUGUAACCGUCGUACAUUUCUUGUCUGUCACAUAUUAUAAUACCUACCUACUGAUAACGGAAUAAUCUUUAAUGCAUGCAGUAAUUUAACAGAAAUACCAGGGAAAGAUACGUACCAUCAGAUUAAUAUUAUUUUUUUUUUUUUUAAUUACCUUCCUACCUAACACACACUUUAUACAUAGACUGUAUUAUAUAUUAUUGGAGUAUAAGACGAAUGACAUGAAUUUAAUAUAACACCCAUCACGUGAAAUUAGAUCCCUACAGUGGUCUUUUAAUAUUUCUUUUUAUGGAUGACUUGAGCUACGGAACCCCACUUGAAAGUAUUUUCAGGAAAAUUAAACAUGCAAUGCAUGUACUUAUUAUAGAUAUCUAAUAUUUCAUCGAUUAAUCACUAUUUGACUAAAAUGUACGCAUAUAAUACUUAUCUAUAAGUGUCUAUAAUAUAAGUACCUAAGCACUUAUACGAUAGGCACCUAUAGGACCUAGGUAUAUCAUUGACAUAUUUUCAGUAAGUAAUGCGAUUUUAUGUAGAGAUCCUAUUUUGUAUUAUUAUUAGUUAUUUAUUUUUAUUCAGAAAUUUAUUAUUUGAAAUACCUGCGUAUCCCGUUCAAUUAUUCGUAUUAUAGGUACCAAUUCAAAUAUCGGGUCCUGGCGCAACAUUUAGCACUAAAAUAAACUCCCGAGUUUAUGGGGGUCGUUCGAACUUUUUUUUUUUUAUAUAUACUCGUAUAAUUAUUGUAUAAUUUUUGUAUUAUACAAAACUCUCAUUUCAGUUAAUAAGACACAAUUUAAUAAAACCGUGUUAUGUAAGCGCCUACAUUUAACACACAAUAUUUAUAUUAAUAAUUGUUCCAUUUCUGAAUGAGCUUUGCUAAAAAAACGUAUAGGUCUAAUGAAAAUAAUUUGAUUCGUUUUAAUUCUAAUUAACCUAAACGUACUAAACCCACUUAAAAAGGUAAAUGUGCUUCAGUAAAACGUUCAACUCUUUCAAACGAUGUUCAAUAAUAUUGUUUAUCGUUUGAUUACAAUAUGUGAAUGCAAUUUUUGGUAUUUUUUUGAUUUGACCCUUACUUUUUCGAUAGCUCAAUUGACGAUAAGUCAAUAAAAUUAUGGUUUUGACAUUUUUUCGAUUUGAAUACUCUUUACCCUUCUUGGCACUCCUCGGCUCUCGAGACAGCUAUACUUGUAGUAAUAAUCUAAAUCUAGCAAUAAUCCAUUUUGAGGUUUUGUUCGUAACCGUCCAUUUACGCAUAGAUUCACAUCGAUUCAAUCGGAAUUAAAUUCUGUAUAGUAAUCAUCCUAGUUCUAUUUUCACUGAAAAAUGGCGGAAUGCGUAUAUAGCACAUUACAAUAUAAAUUGUAAUCGACCGAAUAACAGUAAGUAAUAAUCUUUAUUACAUGGAAAAUUAAUGUAAUGCAAAUGAUCUAACUCAUCUAAAUACCUACAUACAGGUUACUCGUAUAGUUAUAUAACUAGGUAAUUGUAAUCUGCUGUAGGUAUUUUUUAUUUUUCCAUUGAUCGAUAUAUUAUGACUAAAUACAUUGUGUAUAUAAGAUUUUUUUCGUUAUCGAUAAUUUACCUAUGUGAGUAUGUGUGAAUACGUACGAGUGUAUGAUAAAAGUAAAACAGACGAAGAAGAGGCAAUCUAAAUAUCCAUUCAAUUUAAGCCAACUAAAGUAUCUAUAGUACCAAACAGUGUAGUCAACAUAGAUUAAAGCUAAAUAAAGUUUUGCUGUAAUUAUUUUUGUAGGACAUCCAUAAAAAUCCAUGGGUGAGUCCUAUUUUUUUUGUUUUUCCUCAAGUAUGAAAAAUGUUCUGCACGCCACUGGAACCAAAAUCUUAUUUUGAUUUUUUUAUUUUUCCAUAUUGAACCGACAACAAGUGGUGGAUCUGUUUUCACAAUACUUCCCCGCUUCCGUCAUCGUUUGUUGUUUAAUAAAACUAAAAUGUACUAUCCUAUCAACCCCCCCCCUCCCCCUUCCGGGGCAAGCUCACAUAUCUCGGCUAAUAACUUAUAAACUACCUAUAUAACACGAAUACCAAUAGGUACCUAAGCAACUGAUCCUAUGAAAGCUUAACCGAAGUUACCCGUGAUCCGAGUCUUCGCGAUCCUCCGGCUAGGAGACACGCCCUGUCCUUAUCAGAACCUUAUUUAUACUGCUACUGCAUUACACUACAAUAUCAUAAACUAUAUUACAGUAUUCCACCUGCGCAUACAUGAUACACUGUAACAACGUAAUAAUAUUGUCGAACGUUUUAACCAUUACACAUUGUAUCUUAUUAUAACAUUAUACCCUAUAAUCGAAUUACUAUGGCGUUGCGUUUACAGGUGUGCGUGUCCUGCUGCGAUGGCAUGUACUGCAACAUGACCGUGCCGACAAACCAGACGAACGCAGUAGUAACAAAUACGCGCAAAAGUCACAUGAACCCUACCAAAGAGCCAAAGACAAAAUCGGCCGGUGACGUACCGUGCACUCUACGAUCGCCAUAUGCGUUACUUUUUCUGCUGUUGUUGAUCGUUUUUCAAUGUUAGAUCGUUAUAUAUUUGUAUGAAUUAUUACUAUCCAAACCGAUACCUCAAUAAUAAUACUUAUAUUAUUAAAUAUCUAACCUAGUUGCGAGUUUAGAUUUAGCUGGCAUAGGUUAUAUAUGGCACGAAACAAAUUACCUAUCUACAUUGCGUUUAUUAAAGUACAUCGAACGCAUAUUAUAGCCUAUUGACAGUUGAUCGCCUACAAAUAAUAAUAAUCAGUUGAACGGAUAUGAAAACAUUAUAAACGUAGGUGGACAGAGCAUAGCCGACCGACGGGUACAAAAUUAUUUAAUUUAAAAUCAAAACAACAAAAUGUACCUAUUUAUUUAAAACCGUCUACCAGAACAAAUCACAUGUACUACUUUUGAGUUUUAAGGUUUAAUAAUUUUGAGAAAUCAAAUGAAUAAUAUUACAUAUAAUUGUAGGUAUAUUACAUUUAGUAGGUACUUAUCUACCUAUAUUAUACCUAACUUACAUAUAUGGAAGUAUUUUGUUUUUUCCCCCCCGUGAAAAACGAUAAGUACCAAAUCGAUAAUAUUGACGUACCUAUAUUAAAUUAUUUACUAUAGAGUAUCGAUAAAAAAUGAAUGAAGAUUAUACAUGUUUCAUAAAGUUUUUGAUUUAAAAGAAAAAAUCUUCCACGUAAGGCUUAUUAUUAUUGCUCUGUCCAUAUGUAUUCACUAUUCAGUAUGAACAUGAG